CAGAAGAGUAAGUUCACCAGAGUACCCAAAGAGAAGGAACCAGAACCAGAGGUCAUUAAGUUAAAGAAGGUUCCAGUGAAACCUCCAAAGCCUGAGAAACAAGUUGUAACUCAUAAGGCAGAAGUGAUGAGACACCACGAUCCAGACUUAACCGUUCAUGGACUUUACGACAGAGAAGAUCCAAAGAUAACAACACUCGGAAUAACUGAACGAUUCUUCACUGCAGGGGAAGAGACCAUUCAGUUAGCCUAUUUUAAGGAAGCUGAAAGGGUUGCAGAUGUAGACAAAACAGACAAGGACAGAUGGACAGGAGCCCCAAAACCACAGAAAGAGGAAGAAUCAGAGGUUCCAGAUGCAGAGAAGACGAAAAUAACUAAACUGCCAAAGGCAGAUGAGAUGAAAGAAGCACUCAAACUAAAACCAUUUGAAAAAUCAGGGAAAACAGGGGAAGAACUUCGGGAGAUCAAGCUGAAAAAGGUACCAACAAAGUCCAAAGAGCCCGAGAAGGAAGUAAUAUUUCAUAAAGCUGACAUGACAAGGUAUUAUGAUACAGAACUGAGAGUUCAGAAGUUUCACGACAGAGAUGAUCGAGAGGAAAUAACACUUGAGAUUACUGAACAAGUAUUUACUGCUGCUCAAGAGGCAUCUGAACUAAUCCAUAUGGAAGAACCAGAAAAAUUAGAAGCAGAAGAUGAGAAAUCAAGAUGGAUAAGAACUCCUAUGGCACCACAGGAUGAAAAGCCUGAGACAAAUUUAACUAAAAAGACAAUUAAAAAAAUGUCAAAGAUAGAGGAGCAGCAAGAAGUAGUGACACUGAAACCAUUUGAAAAACCUCAGAAACCUGACACAGCUGAACCUCCUAACACCAAAAAAGAAGGUGAGGCAAAGACAGACACUGAAUGCACUCCAUUCGAGAGACCUGAAACCCCACAGAGAGAUCAACCCUCCACAGCUAAGCACAGAAAAGAUGAAGACACUCCCCUGAUGAGCCCGAACAUCACUCCUCAUGCCAGCAAAGAUCAGAGGGAGACCCCACAGCCAACAGCUGAUCAAAUACCCAAAGAUGAGGAAGCUACAGCUGUUGACAAGCGUCUUGGAAAACCUAGAGUCAUUUCCACACCAGCAAAAGAGAAAGAACAUAUUGUAUUAAAGACUCUCACUAAAGUUGGCAUGCCUGACGAAAAGCCAGAUGAUGCAUCCAAAAAAGAGAAAAAGAAGGUGGUGAACACAAAAAAACCCACUCAAACUCCAAGAGAAGAAUCUCCUAACGACCUCAGGGAACAGCAGCUCAGGAAAAAUGAAAUGUCUAAAAAAGAGAAUGAAAAACCUGAGAAGAAAGAGGAGCAAACUUUUCCAACAAAGAGGCUCAUUCCAUCAGGGAAGAAAGAAAUGGAAAAAGAGCUCCCACAAAAGCCAACAGAUGUCUUAAAGGAAGGAACUGAACUCAAAAAGAGUCCCUCUCCAAGUGCAGGCAAAGAUAAGGCAGAAGAAGACACAUUGCUCAAACCUAUUGAACAAUUGAAGAAGGGUGAGGUAAAGAAGACGGCAUCACCAAAAGUUGAUAAGCCAAAGCCAAAGGAACUGGACCAUGACCCCAAUGAGAAGAAGCCAAGUUCUGAAAAAGUUAAACAAAUUCCCAAAACCGUAUCACCAAAAGACUCCAUUGAAGCAGUAAUUCUCAAAAAAGUCCCAAUGAAGCCAUCACCAGAGGCAGCUUCAGAACAAGAGAAGCCCAUGAAGGGGCGAGUUCCCCUGGUGAAGGAAAUUUCUCCUGGGGCUGUGCAGAUGAAGAAGGUGCCAACCCAGCCAGAAGAGGAACUCUCCAAAGAGGAAGCAGAAGAAGAAAUGGAAGGCAACGAGAAAGAAGAGGAAGCCUGGGGCUGGGAACUGGUUCCUCCAGAGGACUGGGAAGGUGAAGGGGUGGAUGGGGCGAUGGAGACUCCAGGAAUCCCUGGUGGUAAACGAGAUGGAAAACCAACAGAGGAGCCACCAAAAGGCAGAGGCAGAGGAUUUGGGGCAAGACAAACCCCAUCACCUGGUGAUGGUGGCAGGGGUCGGGGCCUGAGGCCCGGUGGUAAAGGUCCGUCGCCACCAGAGGAACCUUUUGGAGGGUUCAAGCUGAAAGCCGUCCCCCUAAAGUUCAUCAAGAAGCUUCAGGACAUUGUGCUGCAGGAGGCCGAGUCUAUUGGCUCAUCUGCUGUGUUUGAGUGUGAGGUCUCACCUUCUACUGCCAUCACUUCAUGGAUGAAAGAUGGCAGUAACCUCCGUGAGGGCCCCAAGCACAAGUUCACUUCUGAUGGCAAAGAUCGCAAGUUGAACAUUAUUGAUGUCCAACUGUCAGACACUGGUGAAUAUACCUGUGUGGCCAAGAAUGCUGGCAAGGAAAUAUCAUGCACAGCCAAGCUCAUUGUUGAAGAGCUGCCUGUAAAAUGGCUGAAGGAACUGGAACCAGAGACAUCGUGUAUGAAGGGUCAGCCUAUGUACCUGACCUGUGAGCUGAACAAAGAGAGAGAUGUGAUCUGGAAACAAAACGGCACCAUCUUGAAGAAACAGGCAGGAAAAGUGGCCAUUAACAUCAUUGGAAUGCAGCAUGCUGUGACCAUCCAGAAUGCCACUGACGAUGAUGCUGGUGCCUACACGUGUGAGGUGGAUGGACAGGAAGAUGUCAAGACUACAACCAAUGUAAAAGUGAUCGAAAUCAUCAAAGACUGGCUGGUGAAGCCUCUGAGAGACCAGCAUGUGAAACCGAAGUCCAAGGCCACAUUCAAAUGUGAGCUGUUCAAGGACACUCCCAAUUGGAAGUGGUUCAAAGGAGAAAACGAGCUCACUCCCUCUGACAAGGUGGAAAUUGUCAAAGAUGGAAAGGAUGUGACACUCACCAUCAACAACUGCCAGCCUGAUGACGUGUCAGACUACACUAUCGCAGUCGAAGAUCGCAAAUAUACUGCCAAACUCACACUGGGAGAACGUGAGGCUGAGAUCCUGAAGCCCCUCUCCAGUGUGGAGGUGGUUGAGAAAGAAGAAGCCAACUUUGACACUGAAAUUUCUGAAGAUGAUGUAGCUGGUGAAUGGAAACUGAGAGGCCAGGUGUUGAUGAGAUCUCCGACAUGUGACAUUAAAGCCGAAGGCAGGAAACGUUUCUUGUCACUGAAAAAUGUCCAACUGGAUCAGGCUGGUGAAGUUUCAUAUCAGGCUCUCAACGCUGUCACCAGUGCCAUGCUCACGGUCAAAGAGGGCGAUGCCAUCUUUGUAGUGAAACUGCAGGAUUUCACAGCCACAGAGAAAGAUGAGGUGACUCUGCAGUGUGAACUGAGCAAAGACAUCCCCGUCAUUUGGUAUCACGAGGAGAAGGAGAUCAUCGCCUCCAAGAUGGUGAUCUUGAGAUCGGAGGGCACCUGCAGGUCUCUGGUCCUGAAGAAAGUGGAGCAGAGUGAUAAAGGCAAAUAUGUAUGUGACUGUGGAACGGAUAAGACAUCAGCCAACCUUGGUAUUGAAGCUCGUGACAUUAAGGUGGUUCGGCCAAUUUAUGGUGUGGAACUGUUUGAUGGCGAGACAGCUCGAUUUGAGGUGGAGAUCUCUGAGGACGAUGUCCAUGGCCAGUGGAAACUAAACGGAGAAGUCCUUACUCCGUCCUCUGAUAUCGACAUCAUUGAGGAUGGUAGUAAACACACGCUGAUCCUGUACAACUGCAAAGUGUCCAUGGCGGGCGAGGUUGCGUAUGCUGCGGCUAACGCCAAAUGUUCUGCUAACCUGAAGGUCAAAGAACUUCCACUGAACUUCCUCACUCCGCUGAGUGACGUUCAGGUGUACGAGAAGGAUGAGGCGAGGUUCGAGGUUGAGCUGUCAAGAGCUCCGAAGAGUUUCCGCUGGCUGAAGGGCUCUCUGGAGCUGCAGAGUGACGACAAGUAUGAGAUGAUCCAGGAUGGAAACAUGUACGUUCUGUUGAUCCGAUCAGCCGCCUACGACGAUGAGGCAAAGUACAUGUUCGAGGCGGAGGACAAAAGGACCGCCGGCAAACUUGUCAUCCAAGGUAUUCGCUUGGAGUUUGUCAAACCGAUUAAGGACGUGACAGUGAAGGAGCGGGAAACAGCCGAGUUCAGUGUGGAACUCUCCCAUGACAACAUCUCAGUGGUCUGGUACAAAAAUGACGUCCGUCUCCAUCCCAGCAAGGUGGUCCACAUGUCGGAUCACGGGAAGAUCCACACGCUGGCCUUCAAGGAGGUCACCAUCGACGACACAUCCAUGAUCAAAGUGGAGGCCAUGGACAAGACCGUGACCGCCAUGCUCACCGUUGUUGAGGGCGACCUGUACUUCACCACCAAGCUGCAGAACUACACCGCUGUGGAGAAGGAUGAGGUGAAGCUGGUGUGUGAAUUGAGCAAGGCCGUCGGUGACGUCAAAUGGUUCAAAGAUGGCAAGGAGAUCACUCCCUCCAAGAACAUCGCCAUCAGCACUGAUGGUAAGAAGCGCAUUCUGAUGGUCAGGAAGGCGGAGAAGGCGAACAUUGGAGAGUACACCUGUGACUGUGGCUCGGAUAAAACUACAGCCAACCUCAACAUUGAAGAGCGGGACAUCAAGGUUGUUCGUCCGCUGUACAGCGUGGAGGUCACAGAGACAGAAACAGCCAAGUUUGAGACGGAGAUUUCAGAGGGGGACGUCCAUGGAAACUGGAAGCUGAAGGGCGAAGCUCUGCAUCAGUCAGCUGAUGUUGAGAUCAAGGAAGAAGGAACCAGACACAUGCUGAUCCUUUAUAACGUCCGUAUGGACAUGGCAGGAGGCGUCGACUUCUCAGCGGCCAACGCCAAGUCCAACGCUCAGCUCCGAGUGAAAGCUCGGUCCAUUGGGCUGCUGCAUCCUCUGAAGGACGUGACGGUGACAGCAGGAGAGACGGCGACCUUCGAGUGCGAGCUGUCGUACGAGGGCAUCGUGGUGCAAUGGUUCCUGGGAGGACAGAAGAUGGAAGCCAGUGAGCGAGUGAAAACUCGGGUGGCGGGUCAGGCUCAUGCUCUGACCAUCAGAGAUGUGAAGCUGUCAGAGGCCGGUGAGGUCAAACUGACUGCCAAAGACUUCCAGACACAGGCUCAACUCAUUGUCAGAGAGCCACCAGUGGAGUUCACAAAGCCUCUGGAGGACCAGACGGUGGAGGAGGAAGCCACCACCACGCUGGAGUGUGAAGUUUCAAGAGAAAACGCAGAGGUACGCUGGUUCAGGGAAGGACAGGAGAUCAGAAAGACUAAGAAGUACGACAUGAUUGUCGAUGGGCGCAAAAGAGCACUGGUCAUCCAUGACUGCACUCCAGACGACGCAAAGAUAUACACGUGUGACGCCAAAGAGUUCAAGACUUCCUGUUUCGUGGAGGUUACACCUCCUCAUGUGGAGUUCACAAAGCCUCUGCAGGAUGUGGAAGUCAGAGAGAAAGAAUCUGCCAAGUUUGAAUGUGAAGUGUCCCGCGAGUCAGCCAAGGUUCGCUGGUUCAAGGAUGGCAGUGAGAUCAGGAAAGGAAAGAAGUACGAGAUCGUCGCCAAGGGGGUUCAGAGGGUCCUCAUAAUCCACAAGUCUGUGUUUGACGAUGAGGCUGAGUACGAAUGUGACGCCAGGACCUCGAAGACCUCCGGCAUGCUCACUGUCAUUGAGGAGGCAGCCAGGUUCACCAAGAACCUGUCCAAUGUGGAGGGAACAGAGACAGACAGUGUGAAGAUGAUCUGCGAGGUGUCAAAGGCCAGUGCUGAUGUCACAUGGUACCGAGGAGAGGAGGAGCUGCCAGAGGGCGGCCGCUACGACCAGGUCAUGGAUGGACGCAAGAGGAUCCUGAUCAUCCAGGACCUGAGGAUGGAGGAUGCCGGCGAGUACCACUGCAGACUAAGCCCCACCGUCAAAACAUCUGCUAUACUCAAACUCAACGAGCUUGCAGCCGAGUUUAUCGCCCGUCCUCAGAACCAGGAGGUGGUGGAGGGCGAGAAGGCAGAGUUCACUUGCUCCGUCUCUAAAGAAACCUACGAGGUUAAAUGGUUCAGAGGUGACAAGGAGGUCGAAGCAGGAGACAAAUAUACCAUCAUCAGUGAAGGAAAGAGAAGAGCCCUUGUUGUGAAAAACUGUGAACUGAAAGAUGAGGGAGGCUACGUUGCCCACAUUGGCAGCGUUAAAGCCUCAGCUGAUCUGUAUGUGAUUGAAAAACUGAGGAUCAUCACGCCGAUCAAAGACACAGAGGUGAAGGAGGGAAGUGAGAUUGUGUUCAACUGUGAGGCAAACGCAGAGGGAGCAAAGGCCAAGUGGCUGAAAAAUGAGGAGACCAUAUUUGAAAGCAGCAAGUACAUGAUGGCUCAGAGGGACAACGUCUUCUCUCUGAGGAUCAGAGAUGCCCAGAAGGCCGAUGAGGCCAGCUACACCAUCACCCUGACCAAUCAGAGAGCAGAGCAGGCCAAGUGCACCGCCAGCGCUAAAGUCAAAGAGGAGAAGCUUAAAUUCCUGGAUCCCAUUGAGGACAUUGAGACUCAGGAGAAGAGGACCAUCAGCUUUGCUUGUAAAGUGAAUCGGCCAGAGGUGACAGUGAGGUGGAUGAAAGCCGGCCAAGAGGUGACGCUGAGCAAACGCGUCGUCUACAGAGCCGAUGGUCUUAAACACACUCUGACCAUCAAGGACUGUGUGAUGGAAGAUGAGGGUGAGUACACUGCUGUGGUCGGGGAUGACAAGUGUGCAGCGGAAUUGAUCAUCAGCGAGGCGCCGACGGACUUCAUGGCACAGCUCAAAGACCAGACCAUCACUGAGUUUGAGGACGCCGACUUCACCUGCAAGCUGAGCAAGGAGAAGGCUGUGGUGAAGUGGUACAGGAAUGGGCGAGAGAUCAGAGAAGGACCCAGAUAUCACAUGGAAAAAGAAGGCAAGAUGUGCAGACUGAUCAUCAAGGUGUGCAGACCUGAUGAUGAAUGUGAAUACGCCUGUGGUGUGGAUGAGAGGAGGACCAGAGCCAGACUCUUUGUUGAAGAGACCCCAGUGGAAAUCAUCAGACCUCCUCAGGACAUGUUUGAACCUCCAGGCUCAGACAUCGUAUUUGAGGUGGAGCUCAACAAGGACAGAGUGGAGGUGAAGUGGAUGAGGAACAACAUGAUCAUUGUCCAGGGAGACAAAUACCAGAUGAUCAGCGAGGGUAAAAUCCACAGACUCCAGGUUUGUGAGAUCAGACCUCGAGAUCAGGGAGAGUACAGGAUCAUGGCCAAAGACAAGGAUGCCAGAGCCAAGCUGGAGCUGGCAGCUGUUCCGAAAAUCAAAACUACUGACCAGAAUCUAGUGACGGACGCCGGGAAGCCCUUUGUCAUGAGCGUGCCCUACGAUGCCUACCCUCGCGCAGAUGCAGAGUGGUUUUUUGAGGGCACCAGCCUGCCUGUCCAAAACAUUGACACCUCUGUCGAGAAGACUGAGUACCGCCUAAAGAGCCCCAGCAAAGGAGACAAGGGCCGAUACAAGGUGGUAAUCAAAAACAAGCAUGGUGAAGGAGAGGCGUUCAUCAACCUGGAUGUGAUUGAUGUCCCUGGUCCUGUCAAGAAUCUGAGAGUUGUAGAUACCGCUGAUGGUGAGGUCAGUUUGGCCUGGGAGGAACCUGAGAGCGAUGGCGGAAGUAAGAUUCUUGCCUAUGUGGUAGAAAGACGUGAUGUGAAACGUAAGACCUGGACGCUGGCUACAGACCGUGCUGAUAGUCCUGAGUACUGUGUCAGCAGCCUUCAGAAGGACUCCAUGUACCUCUUCAGAGUCUCUGCCCGAAACCGGGUUGGCAGUGGACCCACUGUCACUAUGGAUGACGCCGUCCAGGCCAAGAACAAGUUUGACAUCCCUGAUGCUCCAGAGAACGUUGCUGUCAGCAAGGUCAACAAGUUUGGUGCCACCAUCACCUGGGAGCCUCCCAAGUUUGAUGGUGGCUCUGAGAUUACCGCUUAUGUGAUCGAGCUCCGUGACAGGACCUCUGUGAAGUGGGAGGCAGCCAUGGUCUGUGAUGCCAAUGACCGUUCAGCUGUGCUGAAUGAUGUGGUAGAGAACAAGGAGUAUAUCUUCAGAGUCCGAGCUGAAAACAAAGCUGGCAUCGGCAGGCCUAGCGCCGCUACCCACCCUGUCAAAAUAAUGGAUCCCAUCGAGAGGCCGAGCCCACCUCUGAACCUGAACUUCAGUGACCAAAUCAGGACAGCAGUCACACUGACCUGGGAGAUGCCCAUCAGCAAUGGUGGCAGCAUGAUCACUGGAUACAUCAUUGAGAAAUGUGACGAUGGCACUGACAAGUGGCUCCGCUGUAAUGCCAGGCUGUGUCCUGAUCUCUCCUACCGGGUGUCUGGACUGAAGCCCGGUCAAAGGUACCUCUACAGAGUUUGUGCUGAGAAUGCUGCUGGUGUCUCUGAUCCAGCCGAGCAAGUCGGACCACUGCUUGCCGACGACCCACAUGUCGGUCCAACCUUUGACCUGAGUGCUUUCAGGAACGGCCUGGAGGUGAUUGUUCCUCAGCCUCUCACUAUCAGAGUCCCCAUCACGGGAUACCCGACCCCUGUCACCAAGUGGACCUUCGGAGAGAAGGAGCUGACCACAGCAGACGAGCGCGUCUCUAUGGUGACAAAGCCCACCUACACAGAGUUGACGGUCAUGCCAAGUGUCCGUCCAGACAAAGGCACCUACACCCUGCAGCUGGAGAAUGAUGUUUCGUCCGUCUCUGGAGAGAUUGAAGUUAAUGUCAUCGCAUGCCCCAGUGCUCCAAAAGACUUCAAAGUAGCUGAGGUAACCCGACACCAUGUCCACCUGAUGUGGGAGGCUCCAGAACAUGAUGGCGGAAGUCCUGUCAGCCACUACCAGAUUGAGAAGAGAGAAGUGUCUCGCAAGACCUGGGCCAAGGUGGCUACCGGAAUCCUGGACCUGGAACACACAGUAACAGAUGUGGUUGAAGGAAAGGAUUAUCUGUUCAGUGUCACUGCCUGCAACAAGUGUGGACCCGGAGAGCCAGCAUACAUUGACGAGCCCAUCAACGUCUCUUCUCCUGCCACUGUACCUGAUCCUCCUGAGAACUUGAGGUGGCGUGAUAAGAGUGCCAAGAGCAUCUUCCUGUCCUGGGAGCCUCCAAAGUACGACGGCGGUGCCCCAAUCAAAGGCUACGUAGUUGACAAGUGUCAGCGUGGUACUGAUAAGUGGGACCCCUGUGGUGACCCUAUCCCUGAACUGAAGUUUCAGGUGACUGGCCUGAUCGAAGGCCAGUGGUAUGCCUACAGAGUCAGAGCUUUCAACAAAUUGGGAGCCAGUCGACCAUGCCGUGCCACUGAUGAGAUCCAGGCUGUUGAUGCCAGAGAGCCUCCAGAGAUCCAGCUGGAUGUGAAGCUGCUGGCUGGUCUGACAGCCAGAGCUGGUACCAAGAUUGAGCUUCCUGCCGAUGUCAAAGGAAAGCCCGAUCCCCGGGUGAAGUGGACAAAGGCAGACCUUGUGCUUCGGGCUGAUGAUCGCAUUACCAUUGAUUCCCAGCCAGGCCAUUCCAAGCUGUCCAUUGCAAAUACCACUAGAGGCGAUACCGCCACCUACAUUAUUGAGGCGGUGAAUGCCUGUGGACGUGCCACUGCCACCACUGAUGUCAACAUUCUUGAUAAACCCGGCCCUCCAGCAGCCUUCGACAUCUCUGAAAUAACUAAUGAGUCAUGCUGCCUGGCAUGGAAUCCUCCUAGGGAUGAUGGUGGCUCACCCAUCACCAACUACAUUGUGGAGAGUCGGCAGACAGACAAAGAGGAAUGGGUGAAGCUGUCAGCCACAGUGAAACACUGCACUUUCAAGGCCUGCAAGCUCACAGCUAUGAAAGAGUAUAUCUUCAGAGUCAGCGCUGAGAACCAGUAUGGGAUUGGCGAGCCUGCAGAGCAUGUGCCAGUCAUUGCAAAAUAUUCCUUUGAUUCCCCUGGUUGUCCAACCAGAGUCACUCCCUCUGACAUCGCCAAGGAUGCUGUGACUCUGACCUGGUUCGAGCCAGAUGAGGAUGGUGGCAGUCCCAUCACUGGAUACUGGGUUGAGAAGUUUGAUCCAGAGAGCGACAAGUGGAUCAGAUGUAACAAACUGCCCAUUAAGGACACAACCUUCAGGGUAAAGGGACUCCCCACCAAGAAGAAGUAUCGCUUCCGUGUUCUAGCAGAGAAUCUGGCUGGGCCUGGAAAACCAAGUGUAGAGACUGAUCCCAUCCUCAUCAAAGAUCCCAUUGAUCCUCCAUGGGCACCUGGUAAGCCUGUCAUCAGGGACAUUGCCAAGACCUCAGCCCUGCUGGCAUGGACCAGGCCAGAGCAUGAUGGUGGGGCCAAGAUUGAAAGUUAUAUCAUUGAGUUCCAAAAGACUGGAGGCGAGGAGUGGAUCCGCAUUGCAGAGGAUAUUCCUCAAACUGAGCACCAGCUGCAGGGCCUGAUGGAGAAGCAGGAGUACUCAUUCCGAGUAAAGGCCAUCAACAAAGCUGGCGAGAGUGAACCCAGCGAGCCCAGUGACCCUGUGGUCUGCAAGGAAAGACUCUACCCUCCUUCUGCUCCUCAGUGGUUGGAGGUGUCCAACAUCACCAAGAUCAAUGCUGACCUGAAGUGGCAGGCUCCCAACAGCGACGGGGGUUCACCCAUCACCAACUAUGUGGUGGAGAAGAGGGAUGUGAGGCGGAAGGCUUGGCAGACUGUGGACACCACCGUCAAGGAAUUAAAGUACACAGUUUCUCCUCUUAACGAAGGAUCGUUGUAUGUGUUCCGUGUUGCUGCAGAGAAUGCCAUAGGAAUGGGUGAAUUCUGCGAGCUGGAAGAUGCUGUACUUGCCAAAGACACUUUCACAACUCCUGGACCUCCCUAUGCCCUGACAGUGGUUGAGGUCACUAAAAGACAUGUGGAGCUGAAAUGGGAAGCUCCCAAGAGCAACGGUGGAAGACCCAUAACCAAGUAUGUAAUAGAGAAGAAAGAAAAGCUGGGAACUCGCUGGCUGAAGUGCUGCAAGACUCCAGACAGACAGACUCAAUUCAAGGUGACAGACGUGGAUGAAGGAUCUGAGGUGCAGUUCCAGGUCAGAGCAGAGAAUGAGGCCGGGGUUGGAGAUCCAAGUGAACCCACUGAGAUCCUCACCAUUGAGGAUCCAACCAGUGCUCCAUCUCCUCCUCUAGAAGUGACCAUCCCCGAUGCCAGCAGGGAGCACAUCAAUGUCACCUGGAAGCUUCCAGUCAAAGAUGGCGGCUGCCCUAUCACUGGCUACCAUGUGGAGUUGGCCGAAGCCCGUCCUGAGCUGAAGUGGCUUAGGGUCAACAACAGACCAAUCAAGGAGUUGAAGUUCAGGAUUGAUGAUGGAAUUAAACCAGAAAAGAAAUAUGUCAUCAGGGUCCGUGCCAUCAACUCUGUUGGCAUUAGUGAUCCCUCUGAGAUCUCUGACAAGGUCUUCACCAAGGAUCCUGACUGUGCUCCAACCAUGGAUUUGGAGACACAGGAUUUGGUCGUGAUUGAGGGCGAGAAGUUGCACCUGAAUAUCCCCUACAGGGCGAUCCCAACCCCCAAGAUGGUUUGGCAAAAGGACAAAGUGGAGUGCAAGGCAGAUGACCGACUCUCCAUGACAGUUGAGAUGAAUAACGCCCACCUGGAGAUGCUCAAGUGCACACGUGCUGAUGCCGGUACUUAUACCAUCAUCCUGGAGAACAGUCUGGGAACUGCGACCGGCACCAUCAAUGUCAAAGUCAUUGGACUCCCUGGUCAGUGUAAAGUUAUCACCUCCAGCGAUGCCACCAAGAACUCCUGCAAGAUCAGCUGGGAAGCACCAGAGGAUGACGGUGGCACACCGAUUGUCAGCUACACCCUGGAACGCCGAGAGGCCUCCAAGAAGACCUACAUGCCUGUCAUGUCGGGAGAGAACAUCCUGACGUGCACCGUCAAAGAUCUUUAUGUCAACUGCGAGUACUACUUCAGAGUGAAGGCUGUCAACAAUGUUGGAGCUGGAGAAUAUCUGGAGCUACGCAACCCAGUCAUCACAGAGGAAGUCAAACAGAAACCAGACCCACCCAUCCAGGUGGAGGCUCACGAUCCAACAUCCAAAUCCAUCACGGUAACCUGGAAGGCUCCAGACAACGAUGGUGGCUGUCCAAUCCAGGGCUACAUCGUGGAGAAGAUCGAGAAAGAUGGCGACCGUUAUGAGAGAAUCACCCCAAACCUGGUCCCUGGUUUCUCCUACAUGGUAACGGGCCUAAAGGAGGACAUGGAAUACCAGUUCAGGGUCCGAGCCGAGAAUGCUGCUGGAGUCAGUGAGCCAUCCCGCAGCACACAGCUCAUCAAGGCUGCAGACCCCAUUGAAAAACCAAAGGUCACCCUUCACGCCCGUGUGCAGUCUGGUCUGUGCAUUAAGAAGGGCGACGAGAUCCGAAUUGAUGCCUACAUCUCCGGCUCUCCGUAUCCCAAGGUCACUUGGCUGAGAAACAAUGAGGACGUCACCAAAGAGCCAGCCAAAAAGGUUGUCCCUCUGAUCAAGAAAAAGAAGACUAAGGCCAAGAUUCCUGAACCAGAGGAAGAGUUUGUGACUCCACUGCGUGAGCGUCUUGGUCUGGACCAGACCAAGAAGGGUCAGUCAGCUUUGAUGAUCCGUGAUGGUGUCAGGGCUGACCACGGCAAUUUUACCAUCCAGGUGGAAAAUGCCCAUGGUAUUGCCACUGCCUCGUGUAUUGUCAACGUCCUUGACAAACCUGGCAUUCCAAUCAACUUCACCUUCGAUGAGAUCAGGAACACUUCGGCCAUCUGUAACUGGGAGCCUCCCGAGGAUGAUGGCGGCAGUGAGAUCCUGAACUACAUCCUGGAGAAGAAAGACAACAAGAAUGAUGAGAUUGGCUGGAUCACCAUCACUUCAACACUGAAGGGUACCAGCUUCCCUGUCACCAAACUUAUUGAAGGGAAGGAGUACAUCUUCAGAGUUACCGCUGAGAACAAAUUUGGCUGUGGGCCAUCAUGUAUCUCUGAGCCACUGGUCGCCAAGAACCAGUUCGAUCCUCCCGAUGCUCCCAACACUCCUAGAGUCCAUGAGGUGACAGCGAGCAGCGCCCACAUUUCCUGGCACGAGCCGAAGGAUAACGGUAGCCCAAUCCUGGGCUACUGGAUCGAGAGAAAGGAGGUGAACAGCAAACACUGGACCCGAGUGAACCGUGUCCUCCUCAACUCUCUGGAGGUGAAGGUCACCGGCCUGAUGGAGGGACUCACCUACGUCUUCAGAGUGUGUGCUGAGAACCUGGCUGGGCCUGGACCCUUUAGCGAACCCAGUGACCGCAUUGUUGCUAUGGAUGCCAUCUUGCCUCCUGGACCCCCCACUCCAUGGAUCGUUGACACAGGAAAGGACUCAGUCAUUGUGGCCUGGAAGCCCCCUCUCUACAAUGGUGGGGGAGACAUCCUGGGAUACCAUGUUGAGAAGGUGUUGGCUGGUGAGAAGGAGUGGACUCGCAGCACAGAGUUCAGGUGUAAAGAGCUGACGUACACUGUGACUGGUCUUACCGAGGGGGCAGAUUAUUACAUUCGUGUCAUUGCUGUCAAUGACGCUGGUCCUGGAGCUCCCGGUGUCACUGAGCCUGUCACCGUCAAAGAGCCUGAAGAAACCCCUGCUGUGGAAUAUGAUGGCUCUGUGAAGAAUGGUGUCAUCAUCAAGGCCGGGGAGCCGCUGAAGCUUCCUGCUGUGGUAACCGGUCGUCCCCAGCCCGAAGUAAAAUGGGCCAAAGACGGAGCUGAAAUUGACAAGGAACGAAUGAUCGUGGAGACGGAGGGCAAGAACAGCACUCUGUUCAUCAAGAAGGCCAUGAGAGCUGAUCACGGAAAGUACCAGAUCUCAGGCACCAACAGCUCUGGCACGAAGACUGCCGAGACCAGAGUGGACGUCAUGGAUGUACCUGGCCCGGUAGUUGACCUGAAGACAGUGAUCGUGACCAAGAAGAACAUUACUCUCACCUGGUCUGACCCCGUAGACAACGGUGGCAGUGAUAUCAUUGGCUAUGAAGUGCUGAGGAAAGAUGCAAAGAUGAAACUCUUCCGCCAGCCCAUUGAGACAGCGUCGUGCAAGUGCGACAUCCAGGGCCUGCUGGCUGGUGAGGAAUACGACUUCAGGGUCAUUGCCAGGAACAAGUACGGUGAUGGAGUUCCUGCUGACCUGGGACCCAUCCUGGCUGAGGAUCCCAAAGGUACUCCAUCUGCUCCAGAGAAGUUGCACUACAUUGACAGAAGCAAGACCACCGUCACACUGGCUUGGCAGCCACCUCGCACUGAUGGUGGCAGCCCCAUCAGAGGCUACUAUGUUGAGAAGAUGAGGUCUGAUAGCAAUGAGUUUGAAGUGGCAAACCGCAAGAUCUUCACAGAGUGUUGUGGGACCAUCGAGAACCUGUCAGAGAACCAGGAGUACCAGUUCCGUGUCAAAGCUGUGAAUGAGGUUGGGGAUGGAGAUCCCUCCAAGCCCAUCAUGGUCAAGAUCCAGGAUGAUGAAAUUGCUCCAGUUAUUACCAUCCUGAAGUUCUUCAAGAGCAAUGCCAUCAUUGUGAAGAAGGGCUCAGCCAUCGAUAUCCCAGCAGAGGUGAAGGGACUUCCUCUGCCGAUGGUGCAAUGGAUGAAGGAUGACGUGGUGAUCGAAAAGCCUGAUGAAGAGAAGAUGACGAUGGAGACUGAGGAGGUGAACCGGACGACACUGACGACUAAGGUUGCCAUCCCAGAAACGAUCAGGCAGGACAAGGGCAGCUACAAGCUGGUGGCUGAAAACUGCUAUGGCAAAGCCCAGCAUGUCAUCCGAGUUGAGGUCCUUGACCGUCCUCUUCCUCCGAGGAACAUUGUGGUCUCAGACAUCAAGGCAGAUUCGUGCUACCUGACCUGGGAUGCCCCAGAGGACAGCGGAGGCAGCGAGAUCACCAACUACAUUGUGGAGCGUAGGGACGCCAGCAAGAAGAAGUCAGACUUUGAGGUUCUGACUAUCAACCUCAUCGACAGGAGAUACGGAGUCUACAAACUGAACUUAAAUGGUAGCUACCAGUUCAGGAUCAAAGCUGAGAACAAGUAUGGUGUCAGUGAUGGCUGUGAUUCAGAGAAAGUCCAGCUCAGGGAUCCGUUUGGCCUCCCCGGACCUCCACGCAACCCCAAAAUAAUUGCAGCUACAGCGACCACCAUGACUCUGACUUGGGAUCCCCCUCUGGACAACGGUGGCUCCACCAUCCAGGGAUACUGGCUCGAGAAAAGGGAGCGUGGUGCUGUGUACUGGGGUCGUGUCAAUCGAGCUCCUGUCACCAAACCCGCAGUGAAAGGUUUGCAGUAUACUGUGCUCAGACUCAUCGAAGGAACUGAGUACCAGUUCAGGAUUGCAGCCUGCAAUGCUGCAGGAGUCGGACCGCCCAGCGAGGCUUCUGAGUGCCGCUUUGCACAGGAUCCAUGUAACCCUCCCAGCUCACCCGGAGCCCCUGAAGUUAAAGACAAGACCAAGAGCAGCAUCACACUCACCUGGAGUCCACCAGACAAAGAUGGUGGCAGCCCUGUCAAGGGUUACAUCAUUGAGGUCCAUGAGGAGGGCUCUCCUGAUUGGAGAAGGGUGAACCCUGCUGACAAGCUCCACCCAUCCACUGAGAUCACCGCUCCUGACCUUAAAGAAGGCAAGAAGUGCAAGUUCAGGAUCUACGCUGUGAACACUGCCGGAAAGUCAGAGCCUGCAAAGACAGCUGACAUCCUGGUUCACGACAUCCUGAUCGAACCAGUGGUGUCUCUGGAUGUGAGUGCUCAUGAUCUGCUGAACUGCAGAGCAGGAACAACCAUCAGGAUUCCUGCCACCGUCACCGGACGACCCAUUCCAAAAGUCACCUGGACCUUUGACGGAACUGCAGAGACUGAAAAGAAAAACGAACUUCACACACUGCCUGUCGACUCAGAGAUCUAUUCCACCGACACAACCUCAGUGAUUGUGAUCCCAGAGAGCAAACUGAACCACAGUGGCCGAUACAUCAUAAACGCAGAGAGUCCUGCCGGACACAAAGUGGUCAAAGUCAGAGUCACCGUGCUCGACCUACCUGGACCUCCGAGAGACUUCAAGGUCAGUGAUGUGACAAGGGGAACCUGCCGACUCACCUGGAAACCUCCAGAGUGUGAUGGAGGAGAAAGAGUGAAGAGCUACUUCAUCGAGAAGAAAACAGUGGAUGGCAAAGCUUGGACCAAGGUGAAUCCGGCCUGUGCUGCUCAGUCUCUGGUUGUUCCAGACCUGAUAAAUGGUCAGGAGUACCUGUUCCGCAUCCGGGCUGAGAACCGCUUUGGGUUUGGCCCAUUCACAGAGACUGCUGAAGGAACCAAAGCCAGAGAUCCAAUCCAUCCUCCUGAUCCUCCAACAAGAUUGAAGAUCCAGAGCGUGAGGAAGGGCAUAGUGACUUUGACCUGGAAGGCUCCAAAGAAUGAUGGUGGUUCACCCAUCACCCACUACAGUGUUGAUCUGCUCUGCUGGGAUGCCAGUGGCGCUCAGAAGGAGUCCUGGAGGAGGUGUAAUAGGAGGGACGUGGACACCACCAGGUUCAAGGUGGAGGACCUGACUGAGGGAGAUGAGUAUGAAUUCAGAGUGAUGGCGUACAAUGCAGCCGGAGCCAGCCGACCUUCAACUACAGCUGGACCAAUUGUCAUCCAGGAUCAGACCUGCGCUCCAUCCAUCGAACUGGAGGAGUUCAUGGAGGUUGAACAGGGGUCCGACAUUAGCAUUGUGGGCAAGAUCCGUGGCUGUCCGUUUCCCACACUCACCUGGUACAAGGCUCCACCCCACAAGUCAGACGACAAAGUGGAGGUUCAGUACGACGAACACAUCAACAAGAUUGUGUCUGAUGACAGCUGCACACUGCUUAUCCAGCAAGGAAAACGUCCCGACACUGGCCUGUAUACACUGGUGGCCUCCAACAACCUUGGAAAGGCCUCCAAGGAGAUGAGGCUCAACGUGCUCGGCCGGCCCGGUCCUCCCUCUGCUCCCAUUAAGUUUGAAGAGAUUGGAGCAGAGAAGAUCACUCUGUCCUGGCUGCCACCAAAGGAUGACGGUGGCUCCAAAGUCACAAACUACGUUAUCUGGAGACGCGUGGCCAACAGGAAAACCUGGGUGCCUGUUACCAGCGAGCCCAAAGACCGGAUCUGGACAGUGGAGAACUUGAUGAGAGGCCACGAGUACGUGUUCCGCAUUAUGGCCCAGAACAAGUACGGCGUUGGAGAACCACUGGACAGCGAGCCCGAGGUCGCCCGAGACCUCUACACUGUCCCCGGUCAGUGUGAGAAGCCAACAGUCACCAGUAUCACCAUGGACUCCAUGACCGUUAACUGGGAGGAGCCCGAGGACGAUGGUGGCACCCCGAUCACUGGCUACUGGCUAGAGCGUAAAGAGACCACGGGCAAACGCUGGGCACGCGUCACCCGUGACCCUAUUCGUCCCAUGGGCUUGGGCGAGUCGUUUGUGGUGAGCGGACUUAUUGAAGGCUCCCAGUACCUGUUUAGAGUCACCGCCAUCAAUGCUGCAGGACCUGGACCUGCCAGUGCUCCUACAGACCCCAUUUUCGCCAGAGACCCUAUCUCCCCACCCUCUCCGCCAAUCCCGAAGGUUUCUGAUUGGACCAGGUCCACAGUGGACCUGGAAUGGAUCCCUCCUCUGAAGGAUGGAGGCUCAAAGAUCCUUGGCUACUGGGUGGAGCAUAAGGAGGAGGGCACUGAGGCCUGGGUCAAGGCCAAGGAUACUGAAGUCCGUGGCACCCGUUAUGUGAUUACUGGUCUGAAGACUGGUGGUCAGUAUAAGUUCAGGGUGAUCGCAUUCAAUGUUGCUGGCAACAGCGAGCCGGGAGAGGUCCCAGAGGUGCUAGAGAUCAACGAUAGAACCAUUGCUCCUGAGGUGGACCUGGAUGCCUCAGUAAAGGAGAGGAUGGUGGUCCAUGCUGGUGGUGUGAUUCGUAUCAUCGCCUACGUGUCAGGCCAGCCAUCCCCAGAGAUCUUUUGGAGCAGAGAUGGAGCUGCACUGUCUCCUGAGGCUAAAGUCGAGACAACAGCCAUCAGCUCAUCACUGGUCAUCAAACCCUGUGCCAGGAGGCACCUUGGGGUCUACACACUGACCGCCAAGAAUGCUGCAGGGGAGAAGACAAAGAACAUCACUGUGGAAGUUCUGGACGUUCCCGGACCGGUUGGCAUCCCCUUCACUGCUGAGAACCUGAGCAUCGACUCCUGCAAGCUCAACUGGUUCUUCCCUGAGAACGAUGGUGGUUCUCCCAUCAGUAACUACAUCAUCGAGAAGCGCGAGGCUGAGCGUAAAGCCUGGACAUCGCUGUCCUUUACUGCCAGCAGACAAAACGCUGUGGCCCAUGGGCUCACCACUGGAAAGUCUUACUUCUUCAGAGUGGCUGCAGAGAAUGCAAUCGGCGUUGGACCUUUUGUGGAGACUGCCGCCGAGGUUACCAUCAAGGAACCAAUCAGUGUGCCUGACCGCCCAGAGGAGCUAGAGGUCACCAAGGUCACCAAGGAUUUGAUCAGUGUCACCUGGAAGGCACCCAAGUUUGAUGGCGGUUCAGAGAUCACCAUGUACAUCCUGGAGGCGCGUAUGAUCGGCAAAGACAAGUUUACCAGGCUGACAAAGGAGAAGCUGAUGGAGAGGAAGUACACUUAUGAUGGCCUGAGGGAGGGUGACACUUAUGAGUUCAGAGUCAUUGCCGUUAAUGAGGUCGGUCCCAGCAAGCCAUCAUUCUGCACCAAACCAAUAACCUGCAAGGAUGAACUGGAGCCACCAACUAUCGAGCUGGACUUCCGCGACAAGAUAAUCAUCCGUGUGGGUGAGAGCUGCCUACUGCAGGGCCGCUACACUGGCAAACCAUCUCCAUCCAUUGCAUGGUACCGAGAUGACGAGGAGCUUAAGGCCGACAAACACAUUAUGUUCAAGAACACACUGACCACCAUGUCUCUUGGCCUGAUGAAGGCACAGCGAGAGCACAGUGGCAAAUACAUUGUGGUGGUGGAGAACAGUACUGGAUCCAGGAAGGGGGUCUGCAACAUCACGGUUGUUGACCGUCCGACUCCUCCUGUUGGCCCUGUGGUGUUUGAGGAAGUGCACAGAGAGUACAUGGUGAUCUCCUGGAAACCUCCUCUGGACAGUGGUGGUGUUGAUAUCUCCAAUUACAUCAUUGAGAAGAGAGACAUCAACAGAGACAUGUGGACCACGGUGACAUCUGCCACCACUAAGACCACAUGCAAGAUCCCUAAGCUGACAGAGGGCAAAGAGUAUAUCAUGAGGAUCUCUGCCGAGAACAUGUAUGGCAUCAGUGACCCUCUGGAGUCCGAGGAGAUGAGAGCCAAAGAUCUCUUCAGAGUCCCAGAGGCUCCUGAGAUGCCAACUGUCAGGGAGGUUUACGCUACGAAUGCUCUAGUGCUGUGGAACAGGCCUCGUGACGGCGGAAAGCCAAUCACCAACUACAUCCUGGAAAAGAAGGAGACCACAGCCAAGAGGUGGUCCAGAGCCACCAGAGAGCCACUGUAUCCAGCCACUCAGUACCGAGUCCAGGACCUGGUGGAGGGCUGCGAGUAUGAGUUCAGGGUGAUGGCUGAGAACGAGCUGGGAACCGGAGACCCCAGUGUACCCUCUAAACCCAUCCUUGCCAAAGAUCCCAUCGUGCUUCCCAGCCCUCCAGUGACCCCUGAGGCCUACGAUAAGACCAAGGACUCAGUCAGUCUGAAGUGGAAGUUGCCCCGCCAUGAUGGAAAAGGCCGGAUCUUUGGUUACCUUGUAGAGUACCAGAAGCCCGGUGCUGUGGAGUGGAUUAUGGCCAAUGAGACCCCGGAGCAGUGCCCAGAUCUCCAUUAUGUGGUGACGGGUCUUAUUGACGGACAUGAGUAUGCCUUCAGGAUCUUCACUGUUAAUGCUGCCGGCAAAUCUGACCCUGCCUAUAUCAAACAGAACAUCAAAGUCCACGACAGACUGGAGGAGCCAGAGUUGCUGCUUGAUGCCAACAUGACACGUGACCACCUGGCCAUGCUGGGUACUGACAUCACCCUAAGCGCCACCAUUAAGGGUGUACCAACACCCACUGUCAGCUGGAAGAAGAAUGAUGGUGACAUACCUUCUCACAUAACUGUCGCUAUCACUGCCACUGGCAGCAAAGUCUUUAUCCCCAAGUCAGUCCGCUCAGACUCCGGCAACUACACCAUCACUGUAGAGAAUGCUGCUGGAAAGAAAUCAGCAACUGUUGCUGUGCUAGUACUGAACAAGCCUACUCCUCCCAGAGACCUGGCGGUCUCCGAGGUGACCAGCGAAUCUGCCUACCUGACAUGGAAAGCUCCCGAGGACAAUGGUGGUGCUGUAAUCUCCCACUACAUUGUGGAGAAGAAGGAUGUGGCUGCAGAGCAGUGGGUGCCUGUUUCUGCAGCAAAUAAGAAGCUAAGUCUCAUGGCCAUGUACUUGAUGGAAGGAAUUCAGUACCUGUUUAGAGUAGCUGCUGAGAACCAGUUUGGCAGGAGCGACUACGUGAUGACCAAGACACCAAUCAAAGCUGUUGACCCUCUCUAUCCUCCUGGCCCACCUAAGAACUUGCAUCACACGGAUGCAGACAAGACAGAAGUGUGGUUGGCAUGGGAGUGGCCUGACCGCACAGGCGGAAGUGAAAUCACCGGUUUCAUUGUAGAGCACCAGGAAGAAGGUCAGAUGGACUGGGUCACCUUCAAAACAGUUAGCAAUAACCACACCCACAUCACUAGUCUGGAGGAGGGCAAGACUUACCGCUUCAGGGUCAAGGCUCAGAAUGCCAUCGGCGUGAGCCGUCCUGACACCAGUGUUCCGAUCACCUGCCAGGAAAAGACAUUGCCACCAACUAUCGAAGUUGAUGUGAAACUUAUUGAGGGUCUUGUUGUUAAAGCUGGUAGUACUAUUGUCCUCCCGGCCAAGAUGACAGGCAUCCCCAUUCCCAUUGUCAAAUGGAUGACAGACAGCAAGGAGAUCACAUCUGAGGGUCGUUAUCACAUUGAGACUGCUGGAUUGUCCACCAUCCUCAGUAUCCCUGAAUGUCAGAGAGGAGACACCGGAGAGUAUGUCCUCACAGUGACCAAUCCUGCAGGUAGCAAGACUGUUGCCCUUCAUGUUACUGUCCUGGAUCUUCCAGGUCCACCCAUUGGACCGAUAAACAUCUUGGAGGUCACACCUGAUUACAUGAUGAUUCAGUGGAGGGCACCCAAAGAUGAUGGGGGCACACCUAUCACCAACUAUGUGGUUGAAAAGAAGGAUGUGAAGAAGCCAUGGGAGCCCUGGUCAGUUGUUAGCUCCAGUGGUACCAGCACCAAGGCCAAGGUGUCCAGGCUGGAAAAGGGCCGUGAGUACAUUGUCCGUGUCCGUGCAGAGAACAAAAUUGGCAUUGGUGCAGGGCUUGAGAGUCCUCCAACAAUUGCUAAGCACAUGUUCAACCCUCCUGGACCACCAGGCUUGCCAGAGUGCUCUGAUAUCACAGAGAAUGCUGUGACAGUGGAAUGGACCCUGCCUGACUAUGAUGGAGGCAGCCCAAUUAGUGGUUAUGUGAUUGAACGCAGAGAAAUGACAGGAAAAUGGAUUCGUGUCAACAAAACCCCUGUGCUGGACCUCAGAUACAGAGUCUCAGGCCUGUUUGAAGGCAACAGCUAUGAAUUCAGAGUGUUCGCAGAGAACAUUGCUGGUGUCAGUGAGCCUUCUCCCACCUCUGACCCCAUUAAGGCCACUCGUGCCAUCACCAAACCUGGACCCCCUGGCAAUCCUAAGCUUAAGGACUGGAGCAAGUGCUAUGCUGACAUCUGCUGGACCAAGCCUACCAGAGAUGGAGGCAGUCCAAUCCUGGGCUAUAUAGUUGAGGCUCAGAAGUCAGGAACUGCAAAGUGGGACAGAAUCAACAAGGACCUCAUCAAGAUAUGUGCCUACAGAGUGCCAGGCCUUAUUGAAGGAAUGGAGUACAGGUUUCGCAUCAGAGCCACUAACAAGGUUGGAGACAGUGAACCCAGGGAGCUGGCUGAAACUGUCUUAGCAAAGGACAUCCUCGUGCCCCCUGAGGUUGUCGUUGAUGUGUCCUGCCGUGAUUCUCUGACUGUCAGGGCAGGUCAGAUCAUAAGUUUGAUUACCAGGGUGAAGGGCAGACCAGACCCAGAGAUUACAUGGACCAAGGAUGCCAGAGCUUUGUCCCGAGACAAGCGCACUGAGAUUAACAACAACUACCCUCUGUGUGAACUGGUCAUAAACGAUGUAGUCAGGUCAGACUAUGGUAAAUAUGCCAUUGUCGCCAAGAACAGUAGUGGACAGGCACAGGCCACCAUUCUUGUCAAUGUCCUGGACACACCAGGAAUUUGCCAGAACCUGAAAGUAGCAUAUGUGACCAAGAAUUCCUGUAUGGUGUCUUGGGAGAAUCCUGAGGACAAUGGAGGCACUGAGAUUACUCAGUACAUUAUUGAGUGCCGUCAGCCCAGCCAAAGAGGAUGGACAGUGGUGUCCAAUGACUGCACCAAGCGCCUGAUAAAGGCCCCUCUUACUGAGGGCUGUGAGUAUUUCUUCCGUGUCAGUGCGGAGAACAAGAUUGGCGCUGGUCCACCUACUGAGACCAAGACACCUGUGCUUGCAGUUGAUCCUAUUGAGAAGCCUGGUGAACCCAUUGACUUCCACAUCUCAGAGAUUGGCAAGACCUUCUGCUUUGUCAAGUGGAAGAAACCAGACUAUGAUGGCGGUAGCCGUAACCUUGGUUAUCAUGUCGAAAAGAAACCAAAGGAGGCUGAGGAAUGGGAGAGGCUUCACAAGGGUGCCAUCAAGGAGACUUACUUCAUGGCUGACAGGUGCAUUGAAAACCAAAUCUAUCAAUUCAGAGUUCAGACUAAGAAUGAGGGAGGUGAGAGCAACUGGGUGACCACAGCUGAAGUACUGGUUAAGGAACAGCUUGUGGAGCCUGAAAUCAAGAUUAAAUUGGAUGGAACACUUGUGGUCAAGGCUGGAGACUCCAUUCCUAUUGAGGCAACAGUCAAGGGCAAACCCCAGCCUGACGUUAAAUGGACCAAAGAUGAUAGCACAGAGGAGAUAAAGAAGAGCCCCAGACUUCAGAUUGAAACUGGGGCUGACUUCUCAAAGCUGCUGCUUACUGGCUCCCGGCGUACUGAUAGUGGCAAAUAUGUUGUUGCUGCCUCCAACAGUGCAGGAUUUUGCUCUGCUCAUGCUCAGGUCAAUGUCCUGGAUAGACCUGGCCCCAUCCGGGAUCUCAAGGUGUCCGAUAUCACCACUGACAGGUGCCAUCUAGCCUGGGAAGUCCCAGAGGAUGAUGGAGGCUGUGAUAUCUACAACUACAUUAUUGAGAAAUGUGAAACCAAGAGGGGAGUCUGGUCAGUCCACUCCAAUGCUGUCAUCACCACUAAUGCUAAAGUCACUCGUCUUAUUGAAGGUAAUGAGUAUACCUUCAGAGUUCGUGCUGAGAAUAAGAUGGGGCCCGGUCCUGCAGUGCAGAGUGAGGCCAUUGCUGCUGGCACCCAGUUCAGUGUACCUGAUGCUCCUGAAUCACCAGAGGUAACUAAGAUUGCUAAGGAGGAGAUGACUGUGCAGUGGUCAGAGCCAGAUAAGGAUGGUGGAAAACCAAUCACAGGCUACCUCUUAGAGAAAAGGGAAGAACAUGCGGUUAGGUGGUCUCCUGUCAACAAGGAUCCAAUCCCUGGAACUCGUUUUACCGUUACUGGACUCCUGCCCCUUCAUGAAUAUCAAUACAGAGUGAAGGCUGUCAAUGAGAUCGGUAUUGGCAGUCCAAGCAAGCCUUCACGUGCCAUCACUGCCAAGGAUGCAGUUGAACCUCCUGCAUCUCCUACCAACCUGAAAGUCCUUGAUAGCACUAAGUCCACUGUCACCCUGGGUUGGAUCAAGCCUGUAUCUGAUGGUGGUGCUCCCAUCAUAGGCUAUGUUGUGGAGAUGAGGGCACAGGGAAGCGCCAAGAAAGGAGACAAUGGGUGGAAGAGGUGCAAUGUGGCUGCUCAGCUGGUCGUGUGCGAGUUCACAGUCACAAGUCUGGAUGAAAAGCUUGUAUAUGAAUUCAGAGUGUCAGCUCAGAACCAGGUGGGCAUGAGCCUACCAUGUGACCUGGAGGGUGCUGUGAUCCCAAAGGAGAUUCUUGAGACACCUGAGAUUGACAUGGAUGCGAACUUGAAGCAGGGACUGACAGUGAGAGCUGGCUGUCCCAUCAGACUAUGUGCCACUAUCAGAGGCAGACCACCUCCUAAAGUCAGUUGGAGGAGGAUGGGCAUUGAUAAUGUGGUCAGGAAGGGAAAAGUUGACAUCAUUGAUACCAUGACCUUCCUGGUCAUCCCUGAUAGCACCCGUGAUGACUCUGGCAAAUACUGCCUGACUCUACAGAGUCCUGCUGGAGAGAAGGCUGUGUUUGUCAAUGUUAAGGUUCUGGACACUCCGGGACCUGUGAUGAAUCUGGAGGCUACUGAUAUCAAGCAGACAUCAGCCAUGCUGUCCUGGAGUCCACCAGAGAAUGAUGGUGGUAGUGAGGUCAUUCACUACAUUGUUGAGAAGCGCGAGGUUGACCGCAAGACGUGGGCAACUGUGAAGGCCGAAGUUGAGAAAGAUAAGAUUCCCUUCAAAGUCAGUGGUCUGAUGCCCGGCACUGAAUACUACUUUAGGAUCACAGCUGUCAAUGAGUAUGGGUCUGGAGUUCCCAGAGUAUCACCCACUUCCUACCUGGCCUCUGAUCCUGUCAGCAAGCCUGAUCCUUGUGAGAAGAUUGAGGUUCUGGAGAUCACUAAGAACAGUGCGACAGUUGGCUGGAUGAAACCUGCAAGGGAUGGUGGUGCCAAGAUCGAUGGUUAUGUAAUUGAAUACAUUGAGGUCAAACCUCCUCCAGAGCCUCCAGCACCAGUGGAGGUUCCAGAGGGAGAGGAAACCCCUCCGCCACCUCCACCUCCACCAGUGGUGGAGUAUGAAGAGGAAGUAGAACCUGAAAAGGAAGUCUGGAAUGCCUACACUACAGUGAAAGGUUUGACAAUCAGCAUCAGUGGCCUGAAGGAGGGCAAGAGGUACAAGUUCAGAGUGGCAGCCAAGAACAUCAUGGGCAUGAGCUUGUUCACAGAGACCAGGCAGCCAGUUGAGAUCAAGGAACAGAUGUUGGAGCCGACAAUUAUCAUGCCAGAGACAGUGAGCGCUAGAGCUGGAGCCAAGCUCAGAGUAGAGGCGCUGGUUUCUGGAAAGCCCGCCCCAACCUGCAAGUGGAUGCGUGGUGAGAAUGCAGUGGUUCCAUCCAGCCGCCUGGCAGUGCACCAGUCUGGCAAUCUUUGUGUCCUGAUAAUCAAAGAAGUGUCAAGGACUGACAGUGGAGAGUACAGCCUAGUUGCUGAGAAUAGCUCUGCGAAGGUGGUCCAGGCUCUGAAGAUUGUCAUCAGAGACAUUCCUGGUCCCCCCGAGGGCCCUGUGGUGAUAAGUGACAUUGAUUCUGAUGCCUGCUCCCUCUCUUGGAACAAACCACUGGAGGAUGGAGGGAGCAACAUCACCAACUAUGUGGUGGAAAAAUGUGAUGUGAGCAGGGGUGACUGGGUGACCGCCGUCUCUUCUGUCUCAAAGACCAGUUGCAGGCUUGGGAAGCUUGUUCCUGGCAAAGAGUAUGUGUUCCGUAUACGCGCUGAAAACCGCUUUGGUGUGUCAGACCCCAUUCAGUCUGACAGGAUGAUUGCCAAGUUCCCGUUUGAUGUUCCUAGUGAACCCCUCAACUGCCGCAUCAACAAGACCAACAAAGACUGUAUGUUCGUGGCCUGGGAUAAGCCUGAGAGUGAUGGUGGCAGCCCAAUCACAGGUUACUAUAUAGAACGUAAGGAGAGGAACAGCCUCCUGUGGGUGAAGGCCAAUGACACUGUGGUGCGCACCACUGAGUACCCCUGUGCCGGCCUCAUUGAGGGCCUGGAAUACACUUUCAGAGUAUCCGCCAUCAAUCGUGCUGGCCAGGGCAAGCCAAGCAUGAAGACAGACUUUGUGACUGCCAGAACACCUGUUGACACUCCAGGUAAACCUGAGGUCCUGGAUGUAACCAAGAACUCUGUCACUUUGGUUUGGACCCGUCCCAAGAAUGACGGUGGUAGCAAGAUCAUUGGCUACUACGUUGAGGCCAUGCGGGUGCCAGGAGACACCUGGAUACGCUGCAAUACCAGCAGCCAGAAUGUCCCAAGAGAGGAGUAUACAGUGACUGGCCUGGAGAGAGACCUGCAGUACCAGUUCAGAGUCAUUGCCAAAACUGCUGUCAACAUGAGCAAGCCCUCUGAGCCCACAGACCCUGUUCUGGUCUGUGCCGAAAAUGUUCCUCCAAGGGUGGAGCUUAAUGCCAGAAUGCAGAAGGGUUUGAAGGUGAAGGCCGGAACCACAAUUGUCCUGGAGGCUGAUGUGUUCGGUAAGCCUAUGCCCAGAGUGACCUGGAAGAGAGGUGAUGAUAGCCUGAGGUCAGGAGAAGGUCAGGUCAUCACGCAGCAGAGGCAUCACUUCCAGCUGGAGAUGACUGAAGUCACCAAAGAGCACACAGGAAACUAUAUCAUCUUAGCAGAGAAUGCCAGUGGCUCCAAGACCGCUGAAGUCCAGGUCAAUGUCCUGGAUGUGCCUGGCUCUCCUGCCAGUGCCAAGUACGUGGAGGUGUUCGCUACCAAUAUCAAGAUGUCCUGGGAGCCUCCUCUGAAGGAUGGUGGUGCCCCCAUUAGCAACUACAUUGUGGACAAGCGUGAGACCAGCAGAGCCAACUGGGCUCAGGUCUCUGCCAAGAUUAAGGGAGAUGUCCUUGAGUUUGAUGUGGAGAAGUUGAUCGAGGGUCACGAGUACCAAUUCCGUAUUCGUGCUGAAAAUAUGUGGGGAGUUGGAGAUGCCCUCGUCACUAGCCCUGUCACCGCCAAGAACCCGUUCACUGUGCCUGGCCCCUGUGAGGUCCCAGUGAUCACAAAUGUGACCAAGGAGCGUAUGACUGUGAGUUGGAAGGAGCCUGCAGAUGAUGGAAAGUCCACGAUCUUGGGGUAUAUGCUGGAAAAGAAAGAGACCAAGAUUAUUGGCUGGACCAAGGUGAACAGAAAGCCCAUGACAGAGAGGACCCUGGAUGUAACAGGCCUUACAGAGGGAGUUGAGUACGAGUUCAGAGUUAUUGCUGUCAACAUGGCAGGGCUUGGAAAACCCAGUGAGCCCUCCACUGGCACAACUGCGCAGAAUCCCAUCACUCCUCCUGGACCUAUCCUCAAUCCCAGUGUGACAGACACCACCCACAGCACCAUCAGCCUCACCUGGACUGCUCCUGCCAGCAAUGGUGGAAGUCCUGUUAUUGGAUAUUUGGUGGAGUGCAAGAGGACCGAUACCACAGACUGGAUCCGCUGUAAUGUCCCCAGGAACCUGCAGGAGACCAACUAUAUCAUCCAGAACCUCAUUGACAAGGCUGAGUACCAGUGCCGCAUCACUGCAGUCAACAAGGUUGGCUUCAGUGAGCCAGUUGACGUACCCGGCAAGCAUGUUGCCAAGGACAUCAUUGUUCCUCCCGAGGCAGAGCUGAGUGCAGAGCUGAAGGAGGGCCUACAGCUGAAUUCCGGUGCCACCAUGAGGCUGCAGGCCACCAUCAAGGGCCGUCCCACUCCCAAGAUCACCUGGGCAAAGAUGAACACCAACAUCAAGGACCGCCAGGGCAUUGUCAUCAAAUCCACCAACACUGACACCAUGGUGAUGGUGGAGAAUGUCAACAGAUAUGAUGCUGGGAAAUACAUCCUAAAUCUGGAAAGCUUGGCUGGCAUGAAGAUGUACACCAUUGUUGUCAAGGUUCUUGAUACUCCUGGACCACCAGUCAAUCUGAUGGUGAAGGAAACUACCAAGGACAGUGCUUCCAUCUACUGGGAUGCUCCCCUGAUUGACGGUGGUUAUGAGGUCACCCACUACAUUGUAGAGAAGCGUGAUACUGAGAGGAAAGCUUGGUCUGUUGUCUCCAGCAACUGCAAUAAGACAUCAUUCAAGGUGCCAGACCUGGAUGCCGGACGGUCUUACUGCUUCAGAGUGUCAGCAGUCAACAAGCUUGGCGCUGGAGAGUGUUGCGAGACAGCUGACUCAGUCAGAGCAUCUGAGGAGCCUGGGCCUGUCAUGGACUUUAAGACACUGUUGGUUACCAAGGACUCUUGCACGUUAAGCUGGAAGAAGCCUCUUACUGAUGGUGGCAGCCGCAUCAUUUGUUACGUGCUGGAGGUUCUCAAUGGUGAUGACAAGUACAGGGAACUAAUGAGGUCCAAAAACAUGCAGUAUAGUGCAAAGGACCUGGUGGAGGGCAGAGAGUACACUUACAGAGUCAAAGCUGUAAAUGAUUCUGGAGAAAGCGCUGCCAAGGAGCUGACAGUGGUUGCUAAGGACCAGAUCAUUCAUCCCAGCUGUGACUUGCGAGAGCUCCCCAAUAUGUGCUACAUUGCCAAGGAGGGCAGCACUGUCCGUCUGAAGAUCCCAAUCAUUGGCAAACCAACACCCAAGGUCAGCUGGAAGAAGGGAGAUGAUGAAGACCUGACAGACACCGGCCGAGUGUGUGCAGAAUCCUCUUCAGUCAACACUACCCUCCUGAUCAGAGACUGCCAGAGGAGUGAUGCUUCCAAAUACACUAUCACCCUGAGGAACAGCGCUGGAAGCAAGGAGUCCACCAUUUUCAUCCGGGUUGUGGGUAAACCUGGCAUCCCUGUUGGACCCAUUAAGUUCAAAGAUGUGACUGCCGAUGGUGCCACACUGAAGUGGGGUGCUCCUAAGGAUGAUGGUGGCUCAGAGAUCACCAACUACAUUCUAGAAAAGAGGGACUCCAUCACCAACAUGUGGGUGACUGUGUCCUCCACUGUAGAGACCAACACCAUGAGGGUAACUGGUCUACAUGAGGGCACAGAGUACAUCUUCAGGGUUUGUGCUGAGAACAAGUAUGGUGUUGGAGAGGGACUCAAGUCAGAGCCCAUCAUUGCUAAACAUCCAUUUAAUGUUCCUGAUGCUCCCCCACCACCUCAGGUCAUGAGCAUGCGUCAUGACUCUGCUUACCUGGCAUGGUCUGACCCCAGGAAGACUGGAGGAUCUCCAAUCACAGGCUACCAUGUUGAGUUCAAGGAGAGGAAUAGUAUGUUGUGGAAGAGAGCGAGCCCAGCCCCUUUGAGGAUGAAGGAGCACAAGGUAAAAGGGUUGACUGAAGGCCUGGAAUAUGAGUUCAGAGUCAUGGCAAUUAACCUGGCUGGGACUGGCAGGCCGAGUGCUCCCACUGAUCCACAGGUGGCCCUAGAUCCCAUUGAUGCCCCUGGUAAACCUGAUGUGAUCAGCAUCACCAGAAGUACUGUAACACUCCAGUGGACUGAGCCACAAUUCGAUGGAGGCCACAGACUAACUGGCUACAUCAUUGAGAAGCGUGACCUGCCUUCUAAGAUCUGGGUGAAGGCCAAUAAUGUGAAUGUUGUGGAGCCUGCAUUUACUGUAACCGAUCUGCAGGAGGGCUGCAAAUAUGAAUUCAGAAUCAGAGCAAAGAAUGCUGCUGGUGCUCUCAGCCCCCCCUCUGAGCAGACAGAUACCAUUAUCUGCAGAGAUGAAUAUGCUGCACCGGCCAUUAUUAUUGAUGCUCAGGUGAAGGAGGGUCUGACCGUCCGAGCUGGUGAUACUAUUGUCAUCACUGCAACAAACAUUUUAGGCAAACCUGCGCCAACCUCAUACUGGUCAAAGGGAGGAAAGUAUUUUAAACCUUCUGAUCUUGUUCAUAUUGAGACUACUGCAACUUCCUCCACUCUGUCCAUCAAGUAUGCCAGCAGGAAGGACACUGGGGAGUAUAUCAUCACUGCCAGCAACCCCUUCGGUGUAAAGGAGGAAACUGUCAAGGUCACAGUUCUGGAUGUUCCUGGUGCUCCUGGACCCAUUGAAUGCAGUGGUGUCUCCUCUGAGAAAGUCACUCUUACCUGGACAGCUCCUACUGAGGAUGGAGGCUCUCCUAUCAAACAUUAUACCCUGGAAAAAAGAGAGACCAGCCGCCUGCUCUGGACUGUCCUGGAAGAGAAGGUUAUCGACUGUCACUAUGUGGCCAAUAAGCUCAUCCAGGGCAAUGAGUACUUCUUCAGAGUCUCUGCUGUUAAUCAGUAUGGUGCCAGCGAGCCAUCUCACUCUGAGGCAGUCAGGAUGGUUGACAGAUUCGGUCCUCCUGGUCCACCAUCUAAACCAGAGGUUGAGAAAGUCGAUGGACAUUCAGCCACUGUGACUUGGAGGAGACCAAAUGAGGAUGGAGGAAGUGACAUCAUAGGUUACUGUGUCGAGAAGAAGGAGAAAAAGGGUAUGAGAUGGCUCAGGGCAUCCAAGAAAUCUAUAGCUGAACUCACCUAUGAAGUUACCGGUCUCACCGAGGGCAUCGAGUAUGAGUUCCGUGUUCUUGCUGAGAACAGAGCUGGCUUUGGAGAGCCAAGCGAACCAUCUAUGCCUGUCAGAACAAUCGUUGUGGCCUAUGUGCCUGGACCUCCAGUCAAUCCCAGAGUCACAGACACAACCAAGACCACUGCCAUGCUAAACUGGGGAAAACCUCUUGAUAAUGGUGGACUUGAAGUUACUGGAUAUGUAAUUGAGCACAAGAAGGAAGGAACAGAUGAAUGGAUUAAGGACACUCCCUCAUCUCCACUUAGGAUCACAGAGUUUGUUGUGCCCCAGCUGGAAUCUGGUGCAAAAUACCAUUUCAGAAUUAGUGCUGUGAAUGCUAAAGGAGCAGGUGAACCUGCUGAAACUCAGGAACUAGUUGAGAUUGUGGAGCGAGCAGCUGAACCUGAUUUGGAGCUGGAUGUUGAACUGAGAAGAACACUUGUCAUCAGGGCUGGCUGCUCCAUUCGCCUCUUUGUGCCAAUCAAGGGACGUCCUACACCUACAGUCACCUGGUCCAAAGAGGGUGGUUCUAUCCCACGUGCAGUCAUUGAUAGCACUGAGUCAUUUACAAUGCUGAUCAUCCCUGAGAGUUCAAGGAUUGAUGCAGGCAAAUAUGAGCUUACUCUUGAAAACUCUGCUGGAAAGAAGAGUGCCUCCAUACACGUGAGAGUUUUGGAUUCACCUGGACCUCCACUUAAUCUAAAACCAGUCAAGAUUGACAAUGAAAGCAUUACACUUCAAUGGGAAAUGCCUCUUAUCGAUGGUGGUGCCAAAAUCACAAACUAUAUCAUUGAGAAGAGAGAAUCAACACGUAAAGCUUUUGCUACUGCUAUUACAAAUUGCCCGAACACUUCAGUCAGAAUUGGUGAGCUGGGCGAAGGCUGUGAAUACUACUUCAGAGUAUCUGCUGAGAAUGAAUAUGGCAUUGGUGAGGCAGUUGAAACUGUGGAUCCAAUUCGUGCAUCUCAGGCACCAACUCCUCCAGAGAGUAUUAUUCCUACUGAUAUCACCAAGAAUUCUGUGAGCCUGGCUUGGACUAAACCCAAGCACGAUGGUGGGAGCAGAAUUACUGGAUAUGUCCUUGAAGCCCAGAAGAAGGGAACUGAUCAAUGGGCACACGUAACAACAGUCAAGACCAUGGAUUUCACAGUGAAAAAUCUUAAUGAGAAUGAAGAGUAUAUUUUCCACGUAAUGGCUGUCAACCACUCAGGUAGAAGCGCUCCACGUGAGAGCAAAUCCAUCGUUGUCAAGGAUUCUACUUCUCUGCCUGAGUUUGACCUCCGUGGUAUAUGUCAGAAGACCAUUAUUGCCAAAGCAGGAGAUGACAUCAAGGUUGAAAUUCCAGUUAUGGGACGCCCAAGACCAACUGUCUCUUGGCAAAAGGAUGGCACAGCCCUGAAGCUCACACAGAGAACCAGUGUGGAGGUUACUGCUGCUACUGUUAUCCUCAGCAUCAGUGAAUGUAGUAGAACUGACAGUGGCUUAUAUACCAUUACAGGAAAGAACAUUGUUGGUUCUGUGACAGACAACAUCAUUGUCAAAGUACACGAUGUACCUGGGCCACCCAAGGGACCGGUUAAGAUUGUUGAGAUAUCUCGUACCUAUUGCAUCUUUGCAUGGGACACUCCCGAGAAUGAUGGAGGUGUUCCAAUCAACAAUUACGUGGUAGAGAUCAGAGACACCACUUCCCAAACAUGGACAGAGCUGUCUUCCACUGUCAUUCGUACCAUGUUUAAAGCUAUUCGUUUAACCACUGGUUGUGAAUACCAGUUUAGAGUAAAAGCUAAGAACAGGUAUGGUGUUGGACCACCCAUUACAUCAGAGGCAGUGGUGGCUGCUUACCCAUUCAAAGUACCUGGACCCCCUGGUACUCCUGGUGUUGUUGCCUUUACCAAGGACUCAAUAACAAUUGGUUGGAAUGAGCCUGUGUCUGAUGGUGGAAAUGAGGUCAUGGGUUACCAUGUUGAGAGGAAAGAAAGAAGCAGCAUCAUGUGGUAUAAGAUCAGCAAGGGUCUUGUGAAAGGAAACAUCUUUAAAUCCACUGGUCUUGAAGAUGGAGUUGCCUAUGAGUUCCGUGUCACAGCUGAAAACAUGGCUGGAGUUGGGAAGCCCAGCAAGGCCUCAGAAGCAAUACUGGCUUUGGACCCUGUUGACCCUCCAGGACAGCCUGUGCCAAUAUUUGUCAACAAGAAUGUCAUCACUAUUCAGUGGACAAAACCUGAGUAUGAUGGUGGAUUCAAAAUCACUGGCUACACAGUGGAGAAAAGAGAACUGCCUACUGGUCGUUGGAUCAGAGCCAAUUUCACUAACAUCAUUGAGACAUCAUUCACUGUCAGUGGACUAACUCAAGAUGCCUCAUAUGAGUUCCGUGUCAUAGCCAGAAAUUCAGCAGGUGCAGUGAGUGUGCCCUCUGAUCCCUCAGACCCAAUUACCUGCAAAGAUGACAUUAUUGAGCCACGCAUUAUGGUUGAUGCCAUCUUUAAGGAUGUCAUUCUACUGAAAGCAGGAGAGUCCUUCAAGCUUGAUGCCGACAUUGCCGGUCAGCCAACCCCAUCUAUGGUUUGGACCAAGAAUGGAAAGGAGGUUGAAAACACGAUGAAACUGGACAUUAAGUUCACAGAGCUAACAACCACUCUGACCAACAAGGAUUCUGUCAGAUUAGAUGGAGGAGAAUUUGUUUUGACUGCUACAAAUGUUGGUGGGUUUGCUAAGCACAUCUUUAAUGUUAAAGUCCUUGACAAACCUGGUCCACCACUUGGACCUCUUAAGGUGGCAAAUGUCACAGCCGAAAAUUGUGUACUCACAUGGGCUCCACCUGCAGAUGAUGGUGGUGCCAAAAUUGAGGGAUAUGUGAUUGAGAAGCGUGAGUCAAGCAGACUGGUUUGGACCAAUGUGGUUUCAGACCUGCAAGCAACACAAUACAAGGUGACCAAGCUCCUUAAAGGAAAUGAAUACAUUUUCAGAGUUAUGGCAAUAAACAAAUAUGGACUUGGUGAAUCACUUGAUUCUGAACCCACCAUUGCAGACAACCCAUAUGUGGUUCCAGAUCCUCCAGAGAAUCCUGAGGUGACAGCUAUCACUAAAGAUUCAAUGGUUGUUAUGUGGCAAGAACCUAAGAGUGAUGGUGGAACUCCCAUCACCAACUACCAUAUUGAAAGGAAAGACAGAAUAGGCCUCCGCUGGGUGAAAUGCAACAAGAGGAAGGUCAAAGAUCUUCAGUUCAAGGUAACAGGCCUUCUGGUUGGACAUGAAUAUGAAUUCAGAAUAAAUGCUGAGAAUGCUGCUGGAGUGAGUACACCAAGUGUCACAAGUCCAUUCUACAAAGCUACUGAUGCACUGUACAAGCCAGGCCCCCCCUGCAAUCCCAGAAUCUUGGACACAACCAAGUCCUCAAUUACCGUCGCCUGGAACAAACCUGUAUAUGAUGGUGGCUCUGAUAUCACUGGCUACAUUGUGGAGACCUGUAUCCCACCUGACAAAGAGGAGGAUGAGGAAUGGACCAUUGUGACACCCAAAGAAGGACUCCUUGCCACCUCAUUCACCGUUAUUAAUUUGAAAGAGAACCAAGAGUACAAAAUUAACAUCUCUGCUGUUAACAGUGAAGGAAUUGGAGAGGCAGCAUUAGUACCUGGCAAUCCCAAGGCAGAGGACAGGCUUCUUUCACCUGAGAUGGAUUUAGAUGCUGAACUCCGCAAGGUUGUCAGUCUUAGAGCUUGCUGCUCACUUAGACUGUUUGUGCCUAUCAGAGGCAGACCAGCUCCUCAGGCCAAGUGGACCAAAGGAGAUGGUGAGCCUAUUGAAAGGGCAAUUAUUGACAGCACAACAUCAUACACAUCACUUGUAAUUGAAAAUGUGAACAGAUUUGACAGUGGGAAGUAUAAUCUCAUAAUUGAAAACAGCUCUGGUUCCAAGACUGUUACAGUCCAAGUAAGGGUGCUAGAUACACCAAGUGCCCCACAGAAUCUGAAGGUUACUACUGUAACAAAUGAAGCUGUCACACUGACUUGGGAUCCACCAGUGAAUGAUGGAGGAGUUAAAAUUAAAAACUAUAUUGUUGAAAAACGUGAGUCCACAAGGAAAGCAUAUGCCACAGUCAGUGCUAACUGCCAUCACACCACCUUCACUGUUGACCAGCUACUGGAAGGAUGCAAUUAUUACUUCAGAGUUUUGGCUGAGAAUGAAUAUGGUAUUGGCCUGCCCAUUGAGACUGGUGAAUCAGUUAAAGUGUCUGAAAAACCACAGCCACCUGGCAAAAUCACUCUUAAGGAUGUUACCAAGAACAGUGUCACCCUCUCCUGGGAGAAGCCAGAGCAUGAUGGUGGCAGCAGAGUGGGGUGCUAUGUUGUUGAGAUCCAGCCUAAGGGUGUUGAUAAGUGGACCCAGGCUGUGAUUGUGAAGGAAACAGAAGCUACUAUAAGUGGACUCAGUGCAGGAGAAGAAUACAUGUUCCGUGUAGCAGCUAGAAAUGAGAAGGGAACAAGUGACCCACGUCAAAUUGGUGUCCCUGUGAUUGUAAAAGAUCUUGUGAUUGCACCUGUUGCCAAAAUGUUGUUCAACACAUUUAGUGUGUUGGCAGGAGAAGACUUAACAGUCGAGAUUCCAUAUGUUGCGCGGCCCAAAGCAGCUGUGUCCUGGGUAAAAGAUGGUCAGCCUCUGAAGAGAACUACCAGAGUAAAUUUUGAUGCAACAGACACAAUGCUGAACCUGAACAUAAAAGAGGCUACUAAAGAUGACGUUGGACGAUAUCGUAUUACUCUUAGCAACACGGCAGGAGAGACAUCAAUAGAUAUUGGUAUUGUUGUGCUUGACAAACCUGGCCAGCCUGGUGGUCCAGUUAAGGUCGAGGAAGUCACUUCUGACAGUGUAACCAUCUCCUGGAACCCACCAGACCAUGAUGGCGGGUGCACCAUCAAAAGCUACACUGUGGAAAAGAGAGAAACAUCCACAACCAACUGGAUGGUUGUAUCUCCUAACCUCGCAAGAACCAAAAUCAAGGCAGGCAGGUUGAAAACUGGCUCAGAGUAUCAGUUUAGAAUCACAGCAGAAAAUAGAUAUGGAAAAGGCCCAGCUCUUCUAUCAGAGUGCAUUGUGGCUCAAUAUCCAUACAAGCUCCCAGGACCCCCAGGAACACCAUCCAUUGCAGCUUGCACCAAGGACAGCAUGGUGGUUACUUGGAACGAACCUGUGAACGAUGGCGGAAACACCAUUUUGGGCUACCAUCUUGAACGCAAAGAGAGAAAUAGCAUUCUAUGGAUAAAACUUAACAAGUCUCUUAUUACUGACCAAACCUUCAAGACCACUGGUCUGGAACCAGGAAUGGAGUAUGAAUACAGAGUUUAUGCUGAAAACAUUGUUGGAAUAGGAAAAGUGAGUAAAGUCUCUGAGGGACAUGUUGCUAGAGAUCCUUGUGAUCCUCCUGGAACUCCUGAGGCAACAAAGAUCACCAAGGAUUCUGUGACCAUUAUUUGGACCAAGCCUGAAUAUGAUGGUGGUGCAAAAGUUACAGGGUACAUUGUGGAAAAGAAGGAGCUUCCUGAAGGUCGUUGGCUUAAGGCUAACUUCACUAAUGUCAUUGAGACAGAAUAUGUUGCAACUGGACUUGUGCAGGACAAUCAGUAUGAGUUUCGUGUCAUUGCCAGAAAUGCUGCUGGUGUUUUCAGUAUCCCCUCUUACAGCACUGGUCCUAUCACUGCCAAGGAUGAGAUUGAACCACCACACAUCAGCAUUGACCCAGAGUACACUAAGACCAUUGUGGUUAAUGCUGGAGACAACUUUAAGAUUGAUGGAGAUGUUCAUGGCAAACCAUUGCCCUCUAUCCACUGGAUGAAGGGAGAGCAGGAAUUAGGCAACACGAUUCAUAGAGAAAUCAAGAACACACCCACCAAAGCUUACAUAUCUGUCAAAGAAGCUAAACUUUCAGAUGGAGGCCAAUACACUCUGCUAUUGAAAAAUCCAGGAGGAGAAAAAGCUGUACAAGUCAAUGUGGUGGUUCUAGAUAAACCUGGGGAACCACAGGGACCUCUUGUUGUUAGAGGAGUAACCAAAGACCAAUGCUGCCUUGCAUGGAAACCACCACUACAAGAUGGUGGCAGCAAGAUCUCUCACUACAUUGUGGAGAGAAGAGAGACAAGCAGACUUGUCUGGACAGUUGUUGAUCCAAAAGUGGAAAAUACUUGUUUGAAAGUUACUAAGCUCCUGGAAGGAAAUGAGUAUAUCUUCAGAGUUUGUGCUGUCAACCACUUUGGAUUGAGUUCAGCACUUGAGUCUGCAGCUGUCAUAAUCAAAGAUCCAUAUGUGUCCCCUGGAAUACCCAAGAGCUUGGAAGUUUCUGAUAUUAAAAAAGAUUCAAUGGUGCUCACCUGGGAGGCACCUUCUGAAGAUGGAGGCAGUCCUAUUACUGGCUACAUAAUUGAGAAACAUGACAAGGAAGGUGUAAGAUGGAUCAGAUGCAAUAGGCAAACAGUCUGUGAUUUGACUUUCAAGGUCACUGGGCUCCUGGACAAUCAUAACUAUGAAUUCAGAGUUGCAGCUGAGAAUGCUGUUGGUGUUGGUGAGCCAAGCCCCCCAACUGUGUUCUAUAAAGCCCUUGAUCCCAUUUUCAGGCCUGGCCCACCCCACAACCCAAGAGUUACUGACACAACUAAAACAUCAGUAUUCAUGUCAUGGGGCAAGCCUGUCUGUGAUGGAGGCUGUGAGAUUCAAGGAUACAUUGUUGAGUACUGCGCUACCACAGAGCCAGGAGUGCCAGCUGAUUCCAGUACUGAAGCCCCAGGUGCAGCAGCUCCCACAGAUGCCCAUGCUGAGGAAUGGAUAAUGUGCACUCCACCAGCUGGCAUCAAAAAGACCAAGUUUGAAGUUACAAACCUGAAAGAAAACCAGUCAUACAAGUUUAGAGUAUGUGCUGUCAACAAAGUUGGAGUUGGUGAGCAUGCUGAUGUCUCUGGAGCUAUCGUUGUUCAGGACAAGGCAGAAGAGCCAGACCUUGACAUUGACCCAGACCUUAGAAAAAUUGUGACCAUUAAAGCUGGAGCUUCCCUUAGACUGUUUAUUCCCAUCAAAGGAAGGCCCAGUCCUACCAUCAAGUGGGACAAAGAUGAAGCUGCACUUAAAGAGACUGCACAGGUUGAGGUGACCAGUAGUUACACUUCCCUUGUAAUUGACAAAAUGGGCAGAAAUGACAGUGGGAAGUACACCAUCACUGCAGAGAACUCCAGUGGAACCAAAUCUGCAUUUGUUGUUGUCCGUGUACUCGACACACCCAGUGCUCCUGUCAACCUUAAAGUGAAAGAAAUUACCAACCAGUCAGUGACAAUGGCAUGGGAACCUCCUCUGUUGGAUGGUGGGUCCAAGAUCAAGAACUACAUCAUUGAAAAGAGAGAAAGCACACGUAAAACAUAUGCAGCUGUUGUGACAAAUUGUCACGUUCUGUCAUGGAAAAUUGAGCCACUCCAGGAGGGUUGCAGUUACUACUUCCGAGUGCUUGCUGAGAAUGCACAUGGUGUUGGUCUGCCUGCAGCAACUGUUGAUCCCCUUAAGGUCUCAGAGGUGCCACAGUCUCCAAAGAACUUGAUUGUUACAGACCAAACUAAGACAAGCAUCUCUUUGGCAUGGGAGAAGCCUGAAUAUGACGGAGGCAGCAGAGUCAUGCAGUACCUACUUGAGGUGCAGCUUAAAGGCCAGGAUAAGUGGUCUGGUGUUAACACGUUUAAGACAAUGGAGGCUACUGUUUCCAAUCUGAACCCAGGAGAGGAGUAUUUGUUUAGAGUUACAGCAAUCAAUGAUAAGGGGAAGAGUGACCCCAAAGUUCUUUCUGGUCCAGUGAUGACCAAGGAUUUAGUAUUUGAACCAGAUGUUCGACCAGCAUUCAGUAGCUACAGUGUCCAUGUAGGUAAAGAUCUGAAUGUUGAUAUACCCACCUUUGGACGUCCUAAACCAACAGUAUCAUGGACAAAAGAUGGAGCUCCUUUAAAGUUCACUACCAGAGUUAACAUCAUCAACACACCAACACACACAACACUGAGCAUUAAAGAGGCAGCAGGUGAUGAUGGUGGCAUGUACAGUAUAAAUGUCACCAACUCAGCUGGAAAGAAGGAUACAACUGUUGAAGUCAUUGUACUUGACAAACCUGGCCCUCCAUCUGGCCCUGUGAGGUUCGAUGAAAUCACAACACAGAGUGUCACUAUUUCAUGGGAUCCACCAAAACACAAUGGUGGCUGCCAGAUUUCGAAUUACAUUGUACAGAAGAGAGAUACUACAACAACAACAUGGGAAAAUGUCAGCAUCAGCUGUGCCCGAACCUCCAUCAAAGUGCCUAGACUAAAAACUGGAGCAGAGUACCAGUUCAGGAUUGUUGCUCAGAACCGCUUUGGCAAGAGUCAUGGUCUGGAUUCAUCUGCCGUGGUUGCUCAGUAUCCAUACAGAGAGCCAGGCCCACCAGGCACCCCUUUCAUUUCCUCUCUCUCUAGGGACCACCAGAUUGUUGAGUGGCAUGAGCCUGUCACAGAUGGAGGCAGUCCUGUUCUUGGCUACCAUCUUGAAAGGAAAGAAAGGAAUAGUAUUCUCUGGGUCCGAAUCAACAAGACACUUAUUCAUGAGACUGUUUUUAAGAGUCAUCCUUUGGAUGAGGGUGUUGAGUAUGAAUACAGGGUUUAUGCGGAAAAUAUUGUUGGCAUUGGCAGGUGCAGUAAGGUCUCAGAAGGCUGUGUUGCCCGUGACCCAUGUGAUCCUCCUGGCACGCCAGAGGCCAUUCAUGUGACAAAAGAUACAAUUGUCAUUCAGUGGACUAAACCAGAGUAUGAUGGUGGCAGUAAUAUCACUGGUUAUACUGUGGAGAAGCGUGAUUUGCCAGAGGGCAGGUGGGUAAGGGCAAACUUCACUAAUGUGAUUGAGACCCAGUUCACUGUCACUGGUCUGACUGAAAAUGCACAGUACGACUUUAGAGUCAUUGCUAAAAAUGCUGUUGGUACCAUCAGUAAGCCAUCCUACAACAGUGGACCCAUCACUGCAAGUGAUAAGGUGGAGGCACCCAAAUUCUCCAUUGACCCUGCAUUCACCAAGACCAUUAUCAUCAAUGCCGGAGAGACAUUAAAGCUAGAUGCCGAUGUCCGUGGCAAGCCACUGCCUACAAUCACAUGGUUCAAGGAUGAAAAACCAAUUGAGAAUACACUCAGACUAGAGAUCAAAAACACAGAACACCAUGCUAUGAUUGUCAUUAAGGACUCUGUCCGAAUUGAUGGUGGAAUUUACACACUUCAGCUGACAAAUGAGGCUGGCAGUGAAACUAUUCCAUUCAAUGUUGUGGUCCUGGACAGGCCAAGCCCAUGUGAAGGACCUCUGCACAUCACUGGCAUAGCUGAAGAUAGAUGCACACUGGUAUGGCGGGCUCCUCUUCAUGAUGGAGGUAGUCCAAUUACACACUACAUCAUUGAGAGAAGAGAGACCAGCCGCCUAGCUUGGACUAUUGUCUCUAACAGCUGCGAAACCACAUGCUACAAAGUCACCAAAUUACUGGAAGGCAAUGAGUAUAUGUUCCGUGUCAUGGCAGUUAACAAUUAUGGUGUCGGUGAGCCACUAGAGUCUAGAGGAGUGAUCAUGAAGACUCCAUUUGUGCCUCCUGGUCCACCUCAUAUAGAAGAUGUAUCCAACAUUGCCCAUGAUGGCAUGACGAUCACGUGGUCAGCCCCUGAGACUGAUGGUGGCAGUGAGAUUAUUAAUUAUAACAUUGAAAAGAGGGACAGAAAUGGAAUUAAAUGGACCAGAUGCAACAGACAGAAGGUCACUGAUCUCUCCUUUAGAGUUACAGGUCUGACUACUGGGCAUGAAUAUGAGUUCAGAGUGGCUGCUGAGAAUACAGUUGGAGUGGGAGAGCCAAGCCUUCCAAGCCCAUACUACAAGGCCUGUGAUCCAAAGUACAAACCUAGUGCCCCAGCAUAUGUGAAUGUGAUUGACUCCACAAAGGGUUCUAUUACAGUAUCAUGGGGUAAGCCUCUGUCUGAUGGUGGCAGCGCCAUUCAAGGAUACAUUGUUGAAGUCUGCAAGGCUGAAGAGGAAGAGUGGACCAUGGUUACUCCUCCCACUGGUCUGCGAGUCAACAAAUAUGAAAUUACUAAACUAACUGAGGGUCAGGAGUACAAGAUCCAGGUGUGUGCUUUGAACAAACUGGGAGUUGGUGAACCAGCGACUCUUUCUGGAACAGCUAAGCCAGAGGAAAGGGUGGACCCACCACAGAUCCACCUUGACUCUGAGCUGCGGAAAGGCAUCACUGUAAAAGCUGGUGGAUCUGUUAGAAUCUAUGUUCCAUUCAAGGGAAGGCCAACACCUGAAAUUAAAUGGACUAAGGACGAGGGAGACCUGACUGAAAAGGUGGUGGUUGAGAAAGCUCUCAACUUCACUCAGCUGUCCAUUGACUCAUGUGACAGAAGUGACUCUGGUAAAUACACUUUGAGUCUGACAAACAGCAGUGGCUCUGUUUCUGAGUUUGUUGUUGUUAAAGUCCUGGACACACCUGGGGCCCCACAGAGUCUUGUAGUUAAAGAAGUCAAAAAGGACUCUGUCACUCUUGUGUGGGAUGCCCCGCUGAUUGAUGGAGGUUCCAAAAUCAAGAACUAUGUCAUUGACAAACGUGAAUCAACCAGGAAAGCUUAUGCAAAUGUGUCUACAAAAUGCACCAAGACAUCAUUCAAAGUUGAGAACUUGAUUGAAGGUGCUAUGUACUACUUCAGAGUCAUGGCUGAGAAUGAAUAUGGAAUUGGUCAGGCUGUUGAAACUAAAACAGCUUCCAAGGCCUCUGAGGUACCACUGCCUGUUGGAAAAGUCUCUCUCACUGAUAUCACUAAGACCAGUGCCUCAUUGUCCUGGGACAAACCUGAACAUGAUGGAGGCAGUAGAAUUGGUGGCUACCUAAUUGAGAUGCAGCCUAAGGGUACGGAUAAGUGGGGAGUUGCAGCAAAUACAAAGACAUGUGAGGGCACAGUUACAGGCCUUACAGCUGGAACUGAAUACUUGUUCCGCAUCAUUGCUUACAAUGAGAAGGGUAAGAGUGAGCCAAAGGUACUUGCUGCACCUGUCAUUGCCAGUGAUGUGACCAUGGAGCCAAGCAUUAAGAUGCAAUUUAAUACAUACAGUGUACUAGCUGGAAAAGACCUCAAGCUGGAGUUUCCUGUAAUUGGCAGACCCAAACCUAAAGUCACCUGGACCAAGGAUGGCCAACCUUUGAAGGUGACAUCCAGAGUCAAUGUAGUAAAUACUGCAGCAACAACUGGAAUUCAAAUUACAGAGGCAUGCAAGGAGGACUUUGGCAAAUAUUCCAUUACUGCAACCAGCAGUGCCGGCACAAUCACUGAGAAUGUGGCUAUCAUUAUCCUUGAUAAGCCUGGACCACCAACAGGUCCAGUUAAGGUUGUAGAAGUGAGCAAUGCAUUUGUCCAUCUCUCCUGGGAGCCCCCAGAGUAUACGGGUGGAUGCCAGGUAAAGAACUAUAUAGUGGAGAAGAGAGACACAACCACGACAACAUGGCAGUCAGUCACCACACAGCUUGCUAGAACAGCUUUCAAGGUCACCAAGCUCAAGACUGGAGCUGAAUACCAGUUCAGAAUCAUAGCUGAAAACCGAUAUGGAAAGGGUGUGCCUCUGGACUCCAAGGCUAUUGUUGUGCAAUAUCCAUACAAACCACCAGGACCUCCAGGAACUCCAUAUGUUAAAUCUGCAACAAAGGAAAUGAUGAUAAUUGAAUGGAAUGAGCCGGUCAAUGACGGUGGGAGUCCAGUAAUUGGUUACCAUUUGGAAAGCAAAGAGAGGAGCAGCAUCCUGUGGAACAAACUGAACAAGACUCUAAUCACUGACACUCAGUUCAAGAUCUGCAAUCUUGAGGAGGGAAUUGGAUAUGAAUUCAGAGUCUAUGCUGAAAACAUUGUUGGCAUUGGCAGAUGCAGUAAAGUGUCUGAGUCCUUUGUUGCUCGUGAUCCAUGUGACCCUCCUGGUGCUCCCGAAGCUGUAUCUAUUUCUAAAAACUUUAUUAAGAUUCAGUGGACCAAACCUCAGUAUGAUGGUGGCAGCAAAAUCAAUGGAUAUGUUGUUGAAAGGAAAGACCUUUCCUCCCCUGAUGGACGUUGGGUAAGAGCUAACUUUACUAACAUAAUCGAGACUGAGUACAUUGUCACUGGUCUGACAGAGAAUGAGCAAUAUGAAUUCAGAGUUAUCGCAAGAAAUGCAGCAGGAGUCUUCAGUGAGCCAUCUGACAGCUCUGGACCAAUUACUGCGACUGAUGAAAUUGAACCACCAAGAGCUUCAAUGGAUCCCAAAUACAAGGAUGUUAUUGUUGUCAAUGCUGGAGAACACUUGCUUCUUGAUGCAGACAUCUAUGGAAAGCCAAUUCCUGAUGUUGUCUGGCUUAAAGAGGGCAAGGAAAUGGACAAAGCCCUGCGCAUUGAAGUGAAAACUACAGAGAAAUAUGCAGCCAUGACCAUCAAGGAUGUAACCAAGCUUGACAGUGGCCACUAUGAUCUUGUUCUCAAAAAUCUAGGGGGUACAAAAACCUUCCCUAUCACUGUCAAAGUCCUUGAUAAACCGGGGCCACCCACUGGACCCAUGAAGGUGACAGGUGUCAUGGCUGACAGGUGCAUUCUUGCCUGGUCUGAGCCAACUCUGGAUGGUGGGGCUAAUAUCACUCAUUAUGUUUUGGAGAAGAGAGAGACUAGUAGAUUGUCAUGGACAGUGGCAGCACCAAAUAUCAAGGGUCUGUACUUUAAACUAACAAAUUUACUCUCUGGAAAUGAAUAUAUUUUCAGAGUCAGGGCAGCCAACAAAUAUGGUGUUGGUGAUUAUCUUGAGAGUGAACCCAUCAUUGCAUGCAAUCCUUACAAGCCACCUAGUGCUCCUGGAACACCGGAAGCAAGUCAGAUCACAAAAGAUUCUAUGGUUCUAUCAUGGACUGCUCCAGAACAGACUGGUGGAGCUGACAUUGAAGGGUACCACCUUGAAAAACGUGACAAAGAUAGUGUAAGAUGGACAAAAUGCAACAGACAAAAGCUUGUGGACACUCACUUCAAGGUCACAGGUCUGAUGACAGACCACUUCUAUGAGUUCCGUGUUGCUGCUGAGAAUGAGUCUGGAAUUGGAGAUCUCAGUGAAUUGUCCUUAUUCUACAGAGCAUGUGAUGCCACAACUCCACCGGGACCUCCACAUCAUCCAAAGGUGACAGACUACACAAAGUCUUCUGUGUCUCUGUCCUGGGGCAAACCUGACUUUGAUGGUGGUUCCUACAUCAAGAGUUACAUUGUUGAAAUGAGAGAGUAUACCCCAGUGCCAGAGUUGACAGAGGAGGCAGAAAUAGCACCAGCAGUAGAUGGACAAGUUGAAAAAGAAUGGACCAUGUGCACUCCAUCCACAGGCAUUCAAGCCACUACAUUUACUAUUACAGAUUUGAAAGAGGGUGGCGAGUACCAGUUUCGUGUCUGUGCCAUCAACUCUGAGGGAGUUGGGGAGGCUGCUUAUGUCCACAGCACUGUGGUUACUUCUGACAGGGUUGAAGCACCAGAGAUGGAGAUGGAUGCUGAUCUCAGAAAGGUGGUAUCUGUUCGUGCUGGUGGAACUCUGCGUCUGUUUGUCACCAUCAGAGGAAGACCUGAACCUGCAGUGAAAUGGGAGAAAGUUGAUGGCACUCUCACAGAGCAUGCUGCAGUUGACACCACUAGUUCAUAUACCAUGCUUGUCAUUGACAAUGUUAACCGUUUUGACAGUGGCAAAUAUUCUCUAACGUUGGAAAAUAGCAGUGGUGCAAAAUCUGCUACUAUUGCAGUGAGAAUUUUAGAUUCACCCAGUGCACCACAGAACUUUGCUGUAAAGGACCUCAAGAAGGAUUCAGUGACUCUGGCCUGGGACACGCCACUCACUGAUGGUGGGUCUAAAAUCACAAAUUACAUUGUAGAGAAAAGAGAAUCUGUCCGGAAGGCCUAUACUACCAUCACUAGCAACUGCACAGCCAACUCAUUCAAGAUUGAAGAACUGCCUGAGGGCGGCAUCUUCUACUUCAGAGUCUGUGCUGUUAAUGAAUAUGGUCAAGGACAGAUGGCUGAAACCAAAGAAGUCAAAGUGUCUGAGGUACCUCUGCCACCAAACAAGGUUUCCCUUGUAGAUUUGACAAAGAAUAGUGUCUCACUGGCCUGGGAGAAACCUGCUCAUGAUGGUGGAAGCAAAGUGAUGUGCUACAAUGUAGAGUUUAAGCCUAAAACUGGAGAUAAAUGGGGCACAGCAUGCACAGUUAAAGUGCCUGAAGCAACUAUUCCUAAUCUGACUCCAAAUGAAGCCUAUUUAUUCAGAGUUCUUGCAAUCAAUGAAAAGGGAAAGAGCGAGCCAAAGGAUCUUGGCUUGCCUGUGGUUGCAAAGGAUGUUGAAAUUGAACCAUCUACCAACUUACUGUUUACCACAUACAGUGUGAAAGCUGGAGAUGACCUCACUCUUGAGGUUCCAGUAAGAGGCAGGCCAAAGCCAGUUGUAUCUUGGAAGAAGGAUGGCCUUCCUUUGAGGCAAACAUCAUCAGUGACCAUCUUGAACACUAUAACCUCAUCCAAAAUUAUCAUCAAAGAGGCUACCAGAGAACACGUUGGCAAGUAUGAGAUCACCCUGGCUAACACAGCAGGUACUGUCACAGCCGAUAUAGGAGUUGUUGUCCUUGAUAAACCAGGUCCUCCUAAAAGUAUCAAGGUGGAUGCUGUGACCUCAGACAGCAUUACACUGUCCUGGUCUCCACCAGAUUAUGAUGGAGGGUGUUCCAUCAGUAACUACAUUGUGGAAAAAAGAGACACAAACACACAGGAAUGGCAGAUGGCAGCAAGUAAUAUUGCCAGAACAUCUUUCAAGGCUGGUCGACUAACACAUGGAGCAGAGUACCAAUUCCGCAUAUAUGCAGUCAACCGAUAUGGAAAGAGUACAAGUCUGGAUUCACCUGGAAUCACUGCUCAGUAUAAUUUUAAACAACCAGGACCUCCUUCCACACCUCUGGUGAAGUUGGCCACCAAAUCUUACAUGUUGGUGACUUGGAAUGAGCCAGUCAAUGAUGGUGGUAGUUCUGUUUUGGGCUACCAUUUGGAGAGGAAGGAACGUUCUAGCAUUCUUUGGACCAAGAUCAACAGAGGAAUGAUCAAAGAUACAGAAUACAAAGUCAAUGGAAUUGAAGAAGGAAUGAUUUAUGAAUACCGCGUCUAUGCUGAAAAUAUUGCUGGUAUUGGUAAAUGUAGCAAAGCCUGUGAAGGUGUAGCAGCCAGAGAUCCAUGUGAUCCUCCAGGCACACCUGUGAUCACUGCUGUUACCAGAACUUCGGUCUCCUUGAUUUGGAAUAAACCAGAGUAUGAUGGUGGAGCCAAGGUUUCUGGUUACAUCAUUGAGCGCAGAGACCUUCCUGAGGGACGCUGGACAAGGUGUAAUUUCACCAAUGUGCCUGAGACCCACUAUGAUGUGACAAGUCUUACAGAGAACAGCCAGUAUGACUUCCGUGUCAUUGCCAAGAAUGCAGCUGGACUGUUUAGUGAACCAUCUGACAACACUGGCCCAAUUACUGUUAAGGAUGAUGUGGAUCCACCACGUAUCAUGAUGGAUGUCAAGUUCAGAGAGACAGUGUCUGUUAAAGCAGGAGAAACUCUCAAGAUUAAUGCAGAUCUUGUGGGACGUCCUGCCCCUGUUAUUUCUUGGACCAAGGAUGGCAAGGAAAUUGAGCUGAGAGCCAGAAUCCAGAUUGUUUCAACAGAUACCAGCACUUCUGUCACUGUAAAGGAUUGUAUCAGACGAGAUUCUGGGCAGUAUGCCCUGACUCUAAAGAAUAUUGCUGGAACAGUUUCUAUGCCAAUAAACUGUGUGGUUUUAGAUAAGCCAGGACCUUCAGCAGGACCUCUGCAGAUUACAGGUCUCACAGCUGACGAGUGCACUCUGUCAUGGGGUCCUCCUCAAGAGACUGGUGGUGCUGACGUUACACAUUACAUUGUUGAGAAGCGUGAGACCAGCCGGUUGGCAUGGACAAUGGUGAAGGGAGACAUCACAAAAACAUACUUCAAAGUCACAGGACUGCUCAAGGGCAAUGAAUAUAUCUUCAGGAUUUUGGCUGUCAACAAGCAUGGACUUGGUGAGGCACUGGAGAGCGAUCUUGUAAAGAUUACAGAUCCAUACACUUUUGCCACUGCUCCAACUAGUGUUGAUGUUACUUCGAUCAGUGGAGAUUCAAUGACCCUCACCUGGUGCAAGCCAUCCAUUGAUGGAGGCAGCCCGAUAACUGGAUAUGUGAUUGAGCGCCGUGAGAAGACUGCUAUGCACUGGAUUCGUGUGAACAGAGAACCAGUUGUUGAAUGCACCACAGUCGCAACCAAACUGCGCAAGGGUUGUGAGUAUGACUUUAGAGUCUAUGCUGAAAAUGCAGCUGGUCUUAGUCCUCCAAGUGAACCAUCUGCAUCAUUCAGAGCAGUGGAUCCUCUGGUUGUUCCUUCUCAUCCAACCAAACCCAAGAUUGUCAAUUCAACCAAGGACAGUGUGUCCAUUGUCUGGAAACCACCAACAGAUGAUGGUGGUGCUCCCAUUCUUGGAUACAGUGUAGAAUACAGAGACUACAUCCACAAACCAGAGUCAGAGAUUGAGGAAGAAGAGGAAGAAUAUGAAGAGGAAGAGGAGGUGCCUGAAUCAGCUGAAGAACUAGCAAGAUGGGUUGAGGCUAUCCCUCUUACCAAGAACUUGGAGUUCACCAUCACAGGAUUAAAGACAGAUGCACAAUAUGAAUUCUGUGUCAAGGCAAUAAACAAAGUUGGCUGUAGUGCGCGUAGUCCUUAUUCAGAUGCAGCUGCAGCAGGGGACAGAACUGCAGAACCAUCAUUUGAUGUUGACAUUGAGAUGCGCAAAGUACUUAUUGUUAAGCAUGGUACAGCAUUUACUAUUAAUGUACCAUUUAAGGGUAAACCUGCCCCAUCAGUGGAAUGGGUCAAGGAGGGUGUUGAUCUAAAGGUUAGAGGAACCAUUGAAUCAACAGAAUCCAGCACUUCACUGACAAUUGAGAAGUCCUGUAGAAAUGACUCUGGAGAGUACUGUGUUACGAUACAAUCACCUUUGGGAAAAGCAACAUUGCCCAUGGUGGUCAAGGUGCUUGACUCUCCUGGACCCCCUGUCAAUGUUACAGUUUCAGCAGUGACCAGAGAUUCUGCAACCCUCACUUGGGAAGCUCCCGAAAAUGAUGGUGGUGAUGCAGUGAAGGCCUACCAUGUUGAAAAACGUGAGGCCAGUAAGAAGGCCUGGGUCUCUGUGACCAGUAACUGCCAUGCAUUGACUUACAAGGUGGAAGACUUGCAGGAAGGAGCCAUUUAUUUCUUCAGAGUUAUUGGAGAAAAUGAGUAUGGAGUGGGAGUCCCUCAAGAAGCCAAGGCUGGAACAAAGAUUACAGAGGUACCAAGUCCACCCAUGAAACUUGGAGUUACAAAUGUUACCAAGGAUAGCAUCACAAUUGCCUGGACGAGACCAGAAUACGAUGGUGGUAGCAGAGUUACUGGUUAUCUCAUUGACGCCUUGGAGAAAGGACAGACCAAGUGGGUGAAGUGUGCCACUGUGAGGACCAUGACCCACACCAUCAAGAGCCUGAGGGAGGGUGCUGAGUACUUCUUCAGAGUCCGUGCUGAGAACCAUGCCGGACUCAGUGAACCAAAGGAAAUGAUCGUGCCUGUUAUUGUCAAGGAAAUACAUGAGGCUCCAGAGUUUGACCUGAAGAACUACCCUAAGAAUACAGUUUAUGUGAGAGCAGGAUCCAACCUAACCUUUGAGAUUCCUCUAACAGGCAGGCCAAUGCCUAAGGUGACAAUGUCCAGAAACAAUGUUGUCAUCAAGGGUUCCAAGAGGCUGCUGACUGAAGUAACUCCAGACAGUUUAAUCAUCACCCUAAAUGAGAGUAUUUCAAGUGACGCUGGCAAGUAUGAAGUCACCGCCUCAAAUGUGGGGGGAACCACGAAGAUCUUCAUUAUUUUUGUUGUUCUGGACAGACCUGGACCACCUAUUGGUCCAGUUGAGAUUGGAGAGAUCGGAGAAACCACAGUGUGUCUGAAAUGGGCACCUCCAGAAUAUGACGGUGGCAGUCCUGUUACCAACUACAUUGUUCUGAAACGUGAAACUAGUACUCCUACUUGGGCAGAGGUGUCAACUAGCAUUGCCAGAAGCUCAAUCAAGGUGACUAAGCUGACCAAGGGAGAGGAGUAUCAGUUCAGAAUCAAGGCUGAGAAUCGCUAUGGUGUCAGUGACCACAUUGACAGCAAGCCAGUCAUGAUAAAACUUCCAUAUACUGUCCCUGGGCCUCCAUCCACACCAUGGCUUGGCUUUGUAUCUAGAGAGAGCCUUACAGUUUGCUGGAAUGAACCGGUCAAUGAUGGUGGAAACCCUGUAUUUGGAUAUCAUCUCCAGAUGAAGGAGAGGAGCAGCAUCCUCUGGCAGAAAGUCAAUAAGACAGCAAUCACAGGAAACCAGUGGCGAGUCACAAACAUUUGUCCUGGCCUCAUCUAUGAAUUUAAGGUGGCAGCUGAGAAUGCUGCUGGUAUUGGAAAAAUGAGCAAGACCUCUGAGGAGGUGCUUGCAAUUGAUGCCUGUGAGCCCCCAGCAACUGUCCGUAUCACUGAGGUCACUAAGAACUCAGUCAGUCUGGCCUGGCAGAGGCCUCCAUAUGAUGGUGGUAGCAAGAUUACUGGCUACAGUGUGGAGAGGAGGGAAGCUCCCAAUGGUAGAUGGGUGAAGGCCAACUUCACAAACAUCAUUGAGCUGGGCUUCACUGUAUCUGGACUGAACCAGGAUGAGUCUUAUGAGUUCAGAGUGUAUGCCAAGAAUGCUGUUGGGUCUGUCAGCAAUCCAUCUCUCAUUGCUGGCCCAGUCACUUGUGUUGACGCAUGUGGUGCCCCAGCAAUUGACCUUCCCCCAGAGUAUCUGGAUGUGGUUCAGUACAAAGCUGGAGCUUCAGUUAAGCUUAAAGUCGGAAUCAUUGCCAAACCUCUGCCAACUAUAGAGUGGCUCAAGGAUGGAAAAGAGCUGGUCGCAACCUCUACUAUGUCUGUUGAAAACACAACUGACUCUUCUGCUGUUCUGAUCAAAGAUGCAGCUCGUCUUCACACAGGUUCAUAUGAGCUCAGGAUCAAGAAUGUUCUGGGCUCAGCAUCUGCAACCAUCAGGAUUGAAAUCUUAGACAAACCUGGUCCCCCAGCUGGCAUCGUUAACUUCAACUCUGUCACAGCAGACAAGAUUGUCUUUAGCUGGCAGCCUGUGCCUGAGUCUGACCAGGGAGGUUCCAAGGUGACCCACUACAUUGUUGAGCGGCGUGAAACCAGCCGAGUAGUCUGGUCAACAGUUUCAGAUAAGCAUGAGAAGACACAUAUCACUGUCGCCAAGCUGGUGCAUGGAAAUGAAUAUGUCUUCCGCAUUAUGGGUGUGAAUAAGUAUGGAGUUGGAGAGCCACUGGAGUCUGAACCUGUCAUCGCUAAGAACACCUUUGUAACUCCUGGGCAGCCUCAUACUCCUGUGGUGAAUAUUAUCACCAAGUCCACCAUGGUGGUAGAAUGGGACAAACCAGGCGUAGAUGGAGGGAGCCUUGUGAUGGGUUACUACCUGGAGAGGCGUGACAAGAAGAGUUUACGCUGGAUCAGAGUUUACAAAGAUCCUGUCACUGACAUUAAACAGACUGUCUACCAUCUGACAGAAGGAAAUGAGUACCAAUAUCGUGUCUGUGCCAUUAACAAGGCUGGAGAAGGACCGUUCUCAGAUGCAUCAGACUACUACAAGGCUGCUGACCCAGUUGACCCACCAGAUGAGCCUUGCAAACUAAAGGUGGUAGACUCCACCAAGACAUCCAUUACCUUGGGCUGGUCCAAGCCAGAAUGGGAUGGAGGCAGUGAGGUCACCAGCUAUAUGGUGGAGAAACUUGUGGAAGGAGAACAAGAAUGGGUUUUGAUUACUUCCAAGGGAGAAGUCAAGACAACAGAGUACACAGUUCACGACUUAAAACCAGAUGUCAGUUACUUCUUCAGGGUAUCUGCUGUCAACUGUGCUGGUCGUGGAGAGCCUCUGGAGAUGUCUGAACCUGUGCAGGCAAAGGAUAUCCUUGAGGAGGCCCAGAUUGACUCAGAUGUAGCCAUGAGAACUCAUUACAUUGUGAAGGCUGGCAAGGAUGUGGAGCUGUCUGUUCCUCUGAAGGGCAGACCUGCUCCCACUUCUUCCUGGAGCAAGGAAGAGGACUGCAUUGAUCACAACCCUAAAUAUGAGUUCCACCACUCAGACACCACCACAGUCCUUGUUAUGCGUGAGGUGACCAGGCUUGACACAGGAAAAUAUACAGUAAAGAUAGAAAAUGGUGUGGGAGAGCCCAAGAUGUUGACCUUGUCUGUGAAGGUCCAGGAUACUCCAGCUCAGUGCAGGAAUCUGGUCCUUAAGGAUGUGACCCGUGGAAAGGUCACUCUCUGCUGGGAGCCUCCACUCCUCGAUGGAGGUGCUGAGAUCACAAACUACAUUGUUGAGAAGAGAGACUCCUCCAAAAGGUCCUACUCUGCAGUGAUGAGCAAAUGCACAAAUACAAAAUACACCAUUGAAGAUCUCUCCGAGAAGACAUCCUUCUUUUUCCGUGUAUUAGCAGAAAAUGAGAAUGGUGUUGGUGAUCCAUGUGAAACACUUGAGCCUGUUAAGGCUACAGAGACUCCAGGAUCAGUUAAGGAGGUCUUUAUGAAGGAUUCAUCCAAGACUUCUGUCACUCUGCAGUGGCUGAAGCCUGAUUAUGAUGGCGGCAGUAUCAUCUCUGACUACAUCAUUGAGAAGAAGCUCAAGGACGAGGAGUGGUCCUUGGGAGGAACAAGCAGACAGUGUGAGUUUGAGGUCAAGAAACUCAAGGAACACUCAGAGAUGUUCUUCAGAGUUGCUGCCAGGAAUGAGAAGGGACAGGGAGACUUUGUUGAAAUUGGGCCUAUCAAGGUCAUUGACUACAUCAUAACACCUGAGGCAAGCCUUGCAGAGUACCCAGAUGGCACCAUAAAUGUUCGCCUGGGCCACAAUGUGCACAUUGAGCUGCCGUACAAAGGUAAACCCAGACCGUCUGUUCUGUGGCUGAAGGACAACCUGCCUCUGAAGGAGAGUGACCAAGUCCGCUUCAAGAAGACCGAAAACAAGGCAACUCUAAUGAUUAAAAAUGUGAAAAAAGAGAAUGGGGGUAAAUACACCCUGACCCUGGAUAAUAAGAUCAACAGGAGAUCCUUCCACAUCCAUGUCAUCACACUUGGACCACCAUCAAAGCCUGUAGGACCCAUUCGACUGGAUGAAGUGAGAGCUGAGAGCAUCAUGAUUUCCUGGGAUGAACCUAAUGAUGAUGGAGGUGGAGACAUUACCUGCUACACUGUGGAGAAACGUGACACCUCCCAGCCUGACUGGAAGAUGGCCUGCUCCAAUGUACAGGAUACUCAGUUCAAGGUCACCAACCUAAUCAAGGGUGUCCAGUAUCAGUUCCGAGUGUGUGCUGAAAACAGAUAUGGUGUCAGUGAGCCUCUUGUCUCACAGAUGGUCAUUGCAAAGCACCAGUUCAGGCCUCCAGGCCCACCAGGCAAGCCUGUUGUGUACAAUGUCACUAACGAUGGAAUGACGAUCCAAUGGGAGCAGCCCAUCUAUGAUGGUGGUACCCCUAUCCAGGGCUUCCACGUGGAAAAGAAGGAAAAGAACAGUAUCAUGUGGCAAAAGGUGAACGCUGUAUUGAUCAAAGAAACAGAAUACAGGAUCUUGGAACUCAUUGAAGGCCUUGAGUACUCUUUCAGAGUCUAUGCCCAGAAUGAUGCUGGUUUCAGUCGAAUGAGUGAUGAAAGCAAGCCAACCAUGGCUGUCAGUCCUGUUGAUCCCCCUGGCCAGCCUGAUUAUACCGAUGUGACCAGUGAUUCAGUGACAUUGAAAUGGGAUGCACCCAAACGUGAUGGUGGCAGCAAGAUUGCUGGCUACAACAUUGAGAAACGCCAAGGUCAUGGCCGCUGGUUCAAGGCCAACUUGACUGAUGUACAUGACUGCCAGUACACUGUUACUGGGUUGGCAACAAAUGAACGCUAUGAAUUCAGAGUGAUUGCCAGAAAUGCCAUUGGUGUUGUCAGUCCUCCUUCCAACUCCUCUGGCUUGAUUGUAGUCAGAAGUGAAAACGCUUCUCCAAAUAUUGAGUUUGGCCCAGAGUACUUUGAGGGUUUGACAGUCAAAGCAGGAGACAACAUCAGACUGAAAGUGACCAUCACUGGACGCCCUGUUCCCAAGGUCAUCUGGUACAGAGAUGGUGUGGAGAUUACCAAAAAGAUGAUGGACAUUGUCAAUGUAGCUGGAUCCAGCACACUGUUUGUCAGGGAUGCUGAUCGUACACACCGUGGCCUCUACACUGUGGAGGCUACCAAUGGAUCUGGAAGCAAGAAGGAGAACCUCCUUGUUCAAGUCCAAGACACACCUGGAGAGCCAAUUGGACCUAUAACCUUCAGCAACAUCUCAGAGGGAAAGUGCACUCUGUCUUGGAAUCCACCAGAUAAUGAUGGUUGUUCCGAAAUUUCACAUUACAUCAUUGAGAAGCGUGAGACCUCAAAGAUCUCCUGGGCCUUGGUGUCUGAUGAAUGUAAGGAGUGCUCUUUUAACACAACCAAGCUCAUCAAGACAAAUGAAUACCAGUUCAGGGUCUCUGCUGUUAACAAGUUUGGAGUUGGCAGACCUCUGGAAUCCAGCCCCAUCAUUGCACAGCUGCAGUACACUACUGCAGAUGCUCCAGGCACUCCUUAUGCUACAGAGGUGACAGGAGAGAGCAUCACCUUGUCAUGGACUCCUCCAACAUCUGAUGGUGGAAACCCCAUUCAGUAUUAUAUUCUGGAGAAACGAGAAAAGAAGACUGUUCGGUUCUACAAGGUGAUUACCAAAAAGCCCAUUGUUGAAUGCGCUCACAAGGUGCUCCAUCUGACAGAGGAUAUGGAAUACGAGUUCCGCGUGAUGGCUGUGAAUGACGCUGGUGUUGGAGCUCCUAGCAACAUCUCAAUGGCUAUCAAAGCUGCUGAGCCAAAAGACAUUCCUUGUGCUCCAUCUGUGAUUUGUGUGUCAGACUCCACCAAUACCUCCAUCAGCUUGGAAUGGACCAAGCCUGUGGAUGAUGGAGGCAUGGAGAUCCUUGGCUACAUUAUUGAAAUGGUGAAGGGAGAAGAGACAGAAUGGACAAGAGUAAAUGAGCAGUUGGUGGUAGAAACAAAUUAUGUUGUAACAGGUCUGCAUACAGGAGCUGAGUACAAGUUCCGUGUUGCAGCUGUCAAUCAUGUGGGUAGAGGCGAGGACAAGGAGACCACAGAACCUGUUCAGGCUGUAGACAGACUAACACCACCACAGGUGGAUAUUGAUGCCACCUUCAAGCAGACACACAUUGUCAAGGCUGGAAGUUCAGUGUGUCUGGGUAUCUACUUCAGAGGAAAGCCUGUUCCCACUGCCACUUGGGUGAAGGAAGAAGGAGAGCUGGGUGUCAUGUCAGAGAUCACAACUACAGACGGCUACAGUUCACUCAGUAUUGAAAACUGCUCGAGAAAUGAUACAGGUAAAUACACUGUUAACCUGGAGAACACUAGUGGCAGUAAAGCCAUUACAUUCACUGUUAAAGUGAUGGACACUCCGGGACCUCCUCAGUCUGUUGUCUUCAAGGAGGUGUCCAGAGGCUCGGUCACACUUACCUGGGAGCCUCCUCUAAAUGAUGGAGGAGCCCGAAUCCAUCACUAUAUUGUUGAGAGGCGUGAAGCUAGCCGCCGCACUUGGCAGCAGUGUGGUGGCAAGUGCACACAACAUAUCCUGAAGAUCCAGGACCUGCUGGAGGGAGUGCCAUACUUCUUCAGAGUCUCAGCAGAGAACCAGUAUGGUGUGGGUGAGGCAUUUGAGCUGACUGAGCCUGUCAUUGCCACUGCAGAGCCAGCAUCUCCAAAGAGAAUGGAUGUCCUGGACACCACUGACAACUCUGUGUCUCUGGGCUGGCUGAAACCAGAGCAUGACGGUGGUAGCCGCAUCCAGUGUUAUGUCAUUGAGGCUAAGGCAAGGGGUACAGAUAAAUGGGUAGUAGUUGGCAACACCAAAAAUCUCACCUAUGUGGUUGAAAAGCUUAACAAGGGUGAUGAGUAUGACUUCCGUGUGAAGGCUAAGAACGAAUCUGGCUACAGCAAGCCCAAGGAAACUCUGGCUCCUGUGCUGGUCAAAGAACCUCACAUUGAACCUGCUGCUGACCUCAGCGAGAUUACCAAUCAGCUAAUCACAAGCAGAUCUGGCAGUACCUUCACCAUUGAUGUUCCCAUCAGUGGUAGACCUGCUCCUAAGGUGACUUGGAAGUUGGAGGAGAUGAGACUGAAGAACUCAGACAGAGUAACCAUCAAAGUAACUAAAGACAGAACCAGCAUCUCAGUCAAAGAGGCCAUGAGAGGAGAUGGUGGAAAAUACCACCUGACUCUGGAAAAUGUGGCAGGAACCAGGACCUUCGCUAUUGAUGUUAAUGUCACAGGUAGACCCAGUCCUCCAACUGGACCCAUUGAAAUCUCAUCCAUCACCUCUGAAUCCUGUGUCAUUAAUUGGCAACCACCAGAGGAUGAUGGUGGCACUGACAUCACCAACUAUAUUGUGGAGAAGCGUGAGUCUGGCUCCACUGCAUGGCAGCUUAUCAACUCCAGUGUAAAGCGGACAUCUCUCGACAUCAGUCACCUGACCAAGUACAUGCAGUACACAUUCAGGGUCUCUGCUGAGAAUAGAUUCGGUGUCAGCAAGCCCACAGAGUCUGAGACUAUUGUCGCAGAACAUCCUUUCACACCUCCUAGCCCACCGACAAGGCCUUCAGUCUUCAAUAUCUCUGCUAAUACCAUGACACUGAAAUGGGAGGAACCCUACCAUGAUGGUGGAAGCAAGGUGACCGGCUACUGGAUUGAGAAGAAGGAAAGGAACAAUAUUCUGUGGGUGAGGGAGAACAAGAUCCCUUGCUUUGAGUGCUACUACAAGGUGGAAGGUCUGGUUGAAGGCCUUGAAUACCAGUUCAGAGUUUAUGCCAUGAACAGUGCUGGGCUAAGCAAAGCCAGUGAGGCCUCCAAGGGAGCAGUUGCACAAAACCCAGUUGAUCCACCAAGUAAGCCAGAAGUCACAAAUGUUACAAGAACCACUGUCUCUCUCAAAUGGUCAGCUCCACUGAAUGAUGGUGGUAGUCCCAUUGUGGGAUACAUCAUUGAGCGCAAACCUUACACUUUGACUGGUGAGGGCCGUUGGCUCAAAUGUAACUACACCAAUGUAACAGAUACUUUCUACACUGUUACUGCCUUGGGAGAGGGAGAACCUUAUGAGUUCAGAGUCAUUGCCAAGAAUGCCAACCAGGUGUUCAGCAAGCCUUCAGAGUCCACCGGCUCUGUGCAAUGCAAGACUGACUUUGAGCCUCCAAAGGCCCAGCUGGAUAGUAAACUCCUGUCCGAAACGGUGACAGUCAGAGCUGGUUCAGACCUGGUUCUAGAUGCUGCAGUGGGAGGCAGACCUGAUCCCAAGGCUUCCUGGUCCAAGGGCAACAGGGAGCUGGAGUUGUGUGAAAAGUACCACCUGCAGUACACCCCAACCAGGGCCAUGGCCAUCAUCAAGUUCUGCGACAGAGAUGACACGGGAAAGUACAUUCUCAUGGUCAGAAAUGUAAGUGGAACCAAGACUGCUGAGGUCAACGUCAAAGUCCUUGACACCCCUGGAGUAUGUGAAGGCAACAUUGAGAUCAGCAGGAUCACAGAGGAGUCCUGCACACUGAGCUGGAAGCCUCCUCUUGAGGAUGGAGGUGACGAGGUCUCCCAUUACAUCGUAGAGAGGCGCGACACCAACAGACUCAACUGGGUCAUCAUGCAUGCAGAAUGCAAGGAACUGACCUGCAACAUCACCAGGCUGUUCAAAAACACAGAGUACCUCUUCAGAGUCCGGGCAGUCAACAAGUAUGGAGCUGGAGUCUAUCUACAGUCAGAGCCUAUGGUUGCCAGAAACACUUUCACGGUGCCAACUCCUCCUGGUGCUCCAGAGAUCCUGGUCUCAGGAAAGGACUUUGCCACCAUUGAGUGGUUGAAACCAGAGAGUGAUGGCGGCAGCCCUUUGAUCCACUAUCUGGUAGAGAGACGUGAGAGAAAGAGUGCCCGAUGGGUAAAGGUGAACAGGGAUGGAGCUCACCUGGACACCACACUGAAGGUAUCUGGUUUGACUGAAGGCAACAUCUACCAGUUCAGAGUGACAGCCAUCAACAAGGCUGGCGAAAGUGAACCCAGUGAAGUUUCUCUCUACGUGGUCUGCAGAGUGCCAACAUGCACCCCUGCUCCUCCUUCUAUACCUCGUAUCACUGAUACCCACGCUGACAGUAUCAGCUUGGCCUGGUCCCGCCCUGUGGAGGAUGGAGGAGCUGAUGUAAUAGGCUACAUCCUAGAGAUGCAGGAAGCUGGAGCACAGGAAUGGAAGAAAGCCAAUGAAAAGACCCUACGUGGUACAGAGUACGUGGUGAAUGGACUUUCAGCAAGCAAGAAGUACCGCUUUAGAGUGGCUGGCAUCAACAUCAAUGGUACAGGAGACUUCAGUGAACCAUGUGCUGAUACUGAACCAGUAGAAAGAAUUGAAACGCCUGACUUUGAGCUCCAUGAUGAUCUGAAGAAGACUAUCUGUCUGCGUGCUGGUGGCUCGCUGCGUCUGUGUGUUAAAGUCACUGGUCGUCCUGCUCCUGCAAUCACUUGGAGCAAGCCUGGUAUUGACCUCCACAACAGAGGAUUCAUUGAAGUCACCAACACAUCCACCACUCUCAUCAUUGAUAAGGUCCACCGCUAUGAUGCUGGCAAAUACACACUGGUGGCCGAGAACUCUGCUGGAAAACAAGAAGUCAACAUUCUAGUCAAGGUCUAUGAUACUCCUGGGCCAACUGGACCAAUGAAGAUCAAAGAGCUGACCAAGGAAUCUGUUACCAUCUCUUGGGAAGCCCCAACUGUGGAUGGCGGUGCUCCUGUCAACAACUACAUCAUUGAGAGGCGUGAAGCCUCCAUGAGAGCCUACAAGACCGUUACCUCUAAGUGCAGUAAGACAUGUUACAAGAUUGAUGGUCUAAUGGAGGGUAUGAUGUACUACUUCAGGGUCCUCCCUGAGAACAUCUAUGGUAUUGGUGAGCCUUGCGAGACUCCCGACGUCAUCCUAGUUUGUGAGGUGCCUCUACCACCACACAAGCUGGAAGUGAUAGAUGUCACCAAGAGCACCGUCACACUGGGCUGGGAGAAGCCCGAGCAUGAUGGUGGCAGCAGACUGACGGGCUAUGUCAUUGAAGCUUGCAAGUUUGGCACGGACAAGUGGAUGAAGGUGGCCACACUGAAGCUCACAGACUUCGAGCAUACUAUUGAGAAGCUCAAUGAGAGUGAGCAGUACUUAUUCAGAAUCAGAGCAGUCAACAGCAGAGGAGCCAGUGAGCCCAAAGAGCUUGUUACCGCAGUCACAGUACAGGAACAAAGAGUAAUGCCAGUGGUGGACAUCUCCAGUAUUCCUCAGAAGGUCAUCAAUAUACUGGCUGGCAAGACUCUGGAGCUGGACCUGCCCAUUAUAGGCAGGCCCCCUCCUGUCUGUUCCUGGUACUUCAAUGAUAACAAGAUAAAAAUCACAGACCGUGUCAAGAUCAAGAGCACUGGCAAGUUCUCCAAACUGACCAUGUCCGACACCACCAUUGAUGACACUGGUGACUACACCUUGGAGGUGAAGAACGCCGUUGGUGUUAUCACUGAGAUCAUCAGGGUCAUCAUUCUCUCUAAACCUGAUGAACCAAAGGGGCCCAUCAGGUUUGAUGAGAUUGAUGCCACCAUCGUCACCUGCAGCUGGGAUCCUCCAGUCAGAGAUGGUGGAGCUCCCAUCAGUGGCUAUGUGGUGGAGCAACGGGAUGCUCACAGACCCGGAUGGGUGCCAGUUUGCGAUUCUGUCAGUCGACCAACCUUUAAGUUUGAGAACCUGAUUGAGGGAGAUGAGUACGUCUUCCGUGCAGCAGCCAUUAAUCGCUAUGGCACUGGAGAAUUCCUGCAGUCUGAGAUCGUCACUUGCAGGAGCAUGACCAAUGUGCCAGGCCCUCCUGGCCGUCCAGCUGUCUUUGAUGUUUCUCGUGAUGGCAUGACUGUGGCGUGGAACCCACCUGAAGAAGAUGGUGGCCUUGAGGUUUCUGGAUACAUUGUUGAGCGCAAAGAAGUCAGGUCUGACAGAUGGGUACGUGCCAACAAAAACCCUAUCACCAUGACCAGAUACAGAUCAACAGAAUUAAUUGAAGGCCUGGAGUAUGAACACAGAAUCAUUGCCAUCAAUGCCAGAGGAAUGAGCAAACCAAGUCUGCCAUCCAAACCAGCCGUGGCAACAGAUCCUAUCGAUCCACCUGGCUGUCCUCAGAACCCACGGAUCACUGAUACCACCAAGUCCUCUGUCUCUUUGGCUUGGAGUCCUCCUGAUGAUGAAGGGGAUGCAAGGGUGGACGGGUACCUGAUUGAGAUGCAGAAGGUUGGCACCAUGGCCUGGAUCAAGUGCAACACUACACCAUCUUUAAUCUGUGAGUACACACUGACCAGUAUGCCACAAGGAGAAGAGUUCAAAUUCCGUGUAAUGGCCUGCAAUGCUGGUGGCUCUGGGGAACCUGCUGAAGUGCCUGGAACUGUCACUGUGACUGAGAUGCUUGAAUCUCCUGAUUAUGACCUGGAGCUCAAAUACAAAGAUGUGUACAUAGUGCGCCAGGGAGGAGUGGUGAGACUCUCUGUACCCAUCAAAGGAAAACCUCAACCAAGCUGCAGGUGGUCAAAGGAUGGAGGUGCAGUCUCCACCAAGGCCAUGAUAGCCUCAACUGAGGAUGUCAGUGAGCUGGUGAUCAAGGGAGCUGAGAGGAGCGACUCUGGCUUGUAUCACCUCCUGCUGGAGAAUAAGGUUGGCAAGAAAAAGGCCCAAAUCAAAGUGAAAGUCAUUGGCCGCCCAAGUGCUCCAGAAGGACCAAUGGUCUUUGAGGAGAUCCAAGCCAACUCUGUCAAGGUGUCCUGGAGGGCACCACUGGAAGACGGUGGCUCAGAGAUUCUGGGUUACAUUGUAGAAAGACGUGAGGCAGCCAGAAAUGCAUGGUACACUGUAGACUCUAGAGUGACCGACACUCAAUUGGUUGUCAAGGGCUUGAACGAGGGAACGGAGUACCACUUCAAGGUCACGGCUGAAAACUCCUUUGGUGUCAGUUCCUCUCUGAAGUCAGAGCAGCCACUGGUGCCCAAGACUCCUCUCUGUCCCCCUGAGCCUUCGAGCACCCCACCAGAGAUUAUGGACGUUACAAAGAGCUCUGUUGCAUUAGCCUGGUCCAGGCCAAAGGACGAUGGUGGUUCUGCCAUCACUGGAUACUUUAUUGAGUACAAGGUGGUAUCUGCUGAGAUGUGGUCCCGCCACGAGACCCAGAUCACCUCUACCAUGUUUACUAUGCCUGGACUCACUCCUGAUGCAGAUUACCAGUUCCGUAUUGUUGCUGUCAACAACAUAGGUGAGAGUGAGGCUGGUCCUGCUUCUGAUCCAGUUACAUGCAAGGAUCCGUUUGACAAGCCAAGCCAACCAGGCGAAAUUGACACAGUGAAUGUGACAAACAACUUUAUCACCAUCCGCUGGCAAGCUCCAGAGUGUGAUGGCGGAAAAGAGGUCCUGGGCUACUGGGUGGAGUACAGGAAGUCCAUUGAGAGCACCUGGAAAAAGUGCAAUAAGCAGAGGCUGAAAGAAAUGGAGUUAACUAUACCUGGACUGGCUGAAGCUACAGAGUAUGAGUUUAGAGUGUUUGCUGAGAAUGAGACAGGAGUGAGUAGGCCUCGUAGGACUGCCACGUGCAUCAAGACCAAACUCAGCGUUGAAAAUAAACCAAGCCUGAGGAAGGAAAUGGAUGAAGUAACUGCCAAGCUUGGCCAGCCUGCUGUCAUGAAGUGCCAGAUUAUUGGCAGACCUGUCCCUGACAUCAAGUGGUAUCAUGCUGGCAAGGAGAUUGUUGAGUCACGCAAGUAUGAGAUGAGCUCUGAUGGGCGCAACCACUCCCUGUCCAUCAUGACUGACCAGCAGGAGGAUGAGGGAGAGUACACCUGCAAAGCCAUCAAUGAUGCUGGAGAAGCAGAAACCACAGGCAUCUUGGUGUUAGAGGCUGCUUCAGCCUUCCACCCUGAUUACCCACUGAAAGAAACAUAUUACGCUGGUCUGGGAACCACUCUGCGCAUCCAUGCCGUCUAUAUUGGCCGUCCUCAACCAAAGAUCAUGUGGUUGCAUGGGGCAAAGACGCUGGAGAACACAGAGAACAUCAGCAUUGAAACCACUGAGCACUACACACACUUGAUCAUCAAGAACGUGCAACGCAGGGUCCAUGGAGGCAAAUACAGGAUCAGACUGCAUAACCACUUUGGCAGGGCUGAUACUGCAUUCAAUGUUGAGAUUUAUGAUAAACCUGACAUGCCUCAAGGUCCCAUUGUGCUGGACGCCCUCCUGAAGAACUCAGUCAUCAUCAGUUGGAAGCCUCCCAAGGAUGAUGGCGGCUGCAUGAUCACCAACUAUAUUAUAGAGAAACGUGAGGAUAGGGAGGGCACCAACUGGGAAUUGGUGUCAUCAUCCGUCAAUGGUACAUCUUGCCGUGUGCCCAACCUCAUUGACAGUGCCGGAUACUUCUUCCGUGUAUAUGCCCAAAAUCGCUAUGGCAACAGCGAACCACUGGAGCUCACUUCACCUAUUCUAAUCAAGAGCCAACUGGAGAAACCAUCACCACCUCUGUUGCCAGUUGUUUCUGGAAUAACCAAGGACUCAUGCGUGGUUUCUUGGAAACCUCCACUCAGUGAUGGUGGCUCAAAGAUCAAGAGCUAUUGCCUUGAGGAAAAGCACAAGAAGGACAAGAAGGAAUGGAAUGAAUGGACUCCGGUGACCACAGAUGAGAUCAAACAGACGGUGUUCUCUGUCAAGCGUCUGACCGAGGGCGUCGAAUACGUCUUCCGUGUGAAGUGUGAGAACCUCGGAGGACAAAGUGACUACAGUGAAGAGACCUCUCCAAUCAUUCCAGCUACAGCCAUUGAAAUCCGUGCUCCUGCCUUCAAAGAAGAGCUGAGGAAUAUGAGCGUCAAGUACAAGAGUAAUGCCACCCUUGUCUGCAAGAUCACAGGACAGCCAAAGCCCGUAAUUAAAUGGCUCAGACGUGGAAAAGAAAUCCACUCUGAUGGAAAGAAGAUCAAAAUUCAGGAGUUCAAAGGAGGCUACCACCAGCUGGUCAUUUCCGAGGCUGAUGAGGAAGAUUCCACCGUGUACCAGAUCAGGGCCACCAAUCAAGGAGGCUCCAUCUGUGCUACAGUCUCUCUGGAUGUUGAAAUCCCUGCCAAGAUCCAUCUUCCAAAGAAUUUGAAGGACAAGGAAGCCAUCCCUGCCCUGCGUGGAGAAGUGGUCAAUAUCAAGAUACCUUUCAGUGGCAAACCAGAUCCGGUCAUCACAUGGCAGAAGGGACAAGAUCUCAUUGACAGCAAUGGUCACUACCAAGUCAUCGUCACCAGAUCAUUCACUUCUUUGGUGUUCCCCAAUGGAGUGGAGAAGAAAGAUGCUGGUUUUUACAUUGUCUGUGCAAAGAACAGAUUUGGCAUUGACCAGCAGACAGUUGAGCUGGAUGUAGCUGACGUGCCUGAUCCUCCACGUGGUGUCAAAGCCAGUGAUGUCUCCAGAGACUCAGUCACACUGAACUGGGUAGCCCCAGCAAAUGAUGGUGGAAGCAAAGUCAUCAGCUACAUCAUUGAGAAAUGCCCCACCACUGCUGAGAGGUGGCAGCGUGUGGCCCAGUCCCGUGACCCACACUACACAGUUAUAAGUCUGUUUGGCGGAACCAGCUAUCAGUUCAGAGUUAUUGCUGAAAAUAAGUUUGGACAGAGUGCUCCAUCUGAGACCAGCGGACCUGUCAUGACCAAGGAGGACAAAUCAAGAGUUCUGCUCUAUGACAAGGAGGUUGAUGACACUGAACGUGUACCCAAGGGAAAGGCUCAACACUCCGAUGCCAAGAAUCUGCACAACAAAUAUGCAAUUGCAGAGGAAUUGAGUAGAGGUCAGUUUGGUAUUGUCCACCGCUGUAUUGACAUCAGUUCUGAAAAGACCUAUAUGGCUAAAUUUGUCAAAGUGAGAGGCGCUGAUCAAGCAGUAGUUAAGAAGGAAAUUGCAACACUGAAUCUGGCCAAACACACUAACUACCUCCUCCUCCAUGAGUCUUUUGAGAGUCCUGAGGAGCUAGUGAUGAUCUAUGACUUCAUCUCCGGUGUUGACAUCUUUGAGCGCCUCAACACAGCUGAGUUUGAGCUUAAUGAGCGUGAGAUUGUCAACUACAUCAGACAGAUUUGCUCAGCUCUUGAGUUCCUGCACACUCAGAGCUAUGGACACUUUGAUAUCAGACCUGAGAACAUUGUGUAUACAACUAGAAACAGCUCUAAUGUGAAGAUUAUUGAGUUGGGCCAAUCCAGACAUCUGACACCUGGAGACCAAAUCAAGAUUCAAUAUACCACUGCAGAGUACGCUGCUCCUGAGAUCCACCAGUGUGACAUGGUUAGUACUGUCACUGACAUGUGGUCAGUUGGUGUCCUUGCUUAUGUUCUCCUCAGUGGACUUAAUCCAUUCACAGCAGAAACCAACCAACAAAUGAUUGACAACAUCUCCAGUGCAGCAUACAGCUAUGAUGAUGAGUCCUUCAAGCAGGUCAGUGUGGAGGCCUUAGAUUUCACAGACCGUCUAAUGACUAAGGAACGUAAGCAUCGUAUGACUGCUGCUGAGGCUCUUUUACAUCCUUGGCUGAUCAAGCCUACUGAGGAGAUCAGCACCAGAGCAAUUCCAUCUGGCAGGCAUAAGAGAUACUACCACACAAUGGUGAGGAAAGAAUGGAACACUGUUGUCUCUGCAGCACGUGUGGCUAGUGGUGGCUCCAUCAGGUCUCAACGUGGUGUUUUUGUUGCUAAAGUGAAGAUUGCUCCAUUUGAAAAUGGCCCUGUUGGAGGACAGAUUGGCCACACUGUCGCAAAUGAAGGAGACAGUGUGAAAUUCACUUGUAACAUUGACAACUAUGAUAGCACUACUGAAGUGACAUGGUACUGUGGUGUCAGGCAGCUUGAAGCUGGCAACAAAUACGAAAUUGAAUAUGAGGAUGGCCUGGCUGUAAUCAUCAUCAACAAGGUCACAAGAGCAGAUGAUGGCACUUACAGAUGCAAGGUUGUGAAUGAGUAUGGUGAGGACAGUGCCUAUGCAGAGCUGUUUGUCAACGGUGUUAGAUGUUACCGUGACUUCUUCACCACCCGUGUGGUCAAGAAAACAAAGCGUAGAGUUGACACUGCUAGAAUGCUACAGAAACCACCAGAGUUCACCCUUCCAUUGGUCAACCAGACAUCCUACAUAGGUGAAGAUGUGCGCUUUGGUGUCACCAUCACUGUUCAUCCUGAGCCCCGUGUCAUCUGGCACAAAUCGGGACAGAAGCUCAUCCCUGGACAAGAUGACAGAAAAUACACCUUUAUCACUGACAAAGGUCUGUACCAGUUAAUUAUCCACAAAGUUGAUGAAGAGGAUGAUGCUGAGUACAGUGUUGUUGCACGCAACAGGUAUGGCGAUGACAGCUGCAAGGCUCGUCUUUCUGUUGUUCCUCGACCUAAACCAGCAGACCUUACCCUGAGACCCAUGUUCAAACGCCUUCUUGCAAAUGUUGAGUGCAAAGAGGGCCAGAAUGUGCGUUUUGAGAUUAGAGUUUCCGGCCAUCCCACACUGAAGUGGGAGAAGGAUGGUACUCCUUUAGCUUUUGGACCAUCUAUUGAAGUUGUCCAUGAGGGUCUGGAUUACUUCAUCCUUCAUGUGAGAGACACACUACCUGAAGACUCCGGUGUUUACAGAGUUACUGCAACCAACUCCGCUGGGUCUGCCAGUUGCCAGGCCACACUCAAAGUAGAACGUGUCACUCAUGUAAAGAAGGAAUAUGAAGCCAGUGAAAAAGAAAGGGAAAAAAUAGUACCUGGAAAGGAGGAAUUGGACAAAAAGGUGAGGUUGUCACAAAUUUUGGCUGGCACUGUUGUUACACCCCUUCCACCUGCAGCAGUACAAGCUGUUAGGGAGGCAGCCACCAUGUUCAAACCUGCUAUGACAAUUAAGAAGGGUGAGAAGACUGAAGCUGAAAUACAGAAAGAGCAAGAGGAGAGGAAGAAGCGGGCAGAUGAGAAGAGGCUUCGUAUGCCCUAUGUUGUCCCCACUCCUCGUGUCAUUAACCCAGCUGUUCUCGAGGAGGAUGUGGAAAUAAAACAUUUCAAGCCACUCUCUGACAUGAAAUGGUACAAGAAGCUGCGGGAUCAGUAUGAGUUCCCUGAGCCUAUGGAGAAAAUCAAGCAGAAGAGGAUGAAGCGCAUUCGCCUCUCCAGAUGGGAGCAGUUCUAUGAGGUACCUGUCAGGAUCAAGGACCAGUAUAAGCCUAAGUGGCGUAUCUCAUCCAUGACUCAGGAUGACCUGGAGACUGUGAGGCCUGCAAGGCACCGCACUCCUUCUCCUGAGAUGGAGGCCUACUACAGGAUCAGGAGGAGGUCCCUAGGUGACCUGUCAGAUGAGGAGCUGUUGCUGCCUGUGGGUGAGUACCUGUCAAUGAAGAGAACUGAGGAGGACAGGCUGCGUUUGGAGGAAGAACUGGAGCUUGGCUACUCUACUUCUCCACCUAGCCUCAGCCCAGUUCGCUUUGAGCUUUCUGCCCUGCGUCCCCCAACUCCAAGAAGAGUCUACAGUGAUGACGAAGAGGGAGAAGACAUCCACAGAUAUGACUCCUACAGAAUUCCAUCUAAAUACGAGGCUGGCCCUAGUUUUGUUGAUCUUCGCCAGCGUCAUGACAAAGUCACAUACAGAGCUCCAGGACAGAAGCAAAGGGUGUAUGAAGAGAGAGAAGAUCAGGAGCUACUGCGCCCACACAAAACUGUUCAGAGAAUCUCCUCUUACAAGAGUGAACUCAAACGCAUGGAGUUUGAGGAGAGGACUCGAACCUCGAAAAAGGAAACAGUUGUCAGUGGUGCAACGGUCUCUGAGAGCAUUGAGUCAGAGCACCUGACAGGUUUUACCUCAGAAUAUAUUCCUAAACCAAUCAAGAAGCUUCCAAUGCCUGAACCUGAGAGGAGAUCACCUAGCCCAGGAAGAGCUGUCAAGACAGAAGUAACCCUUCCAAAAGUUGACUUUGCAUCCAGGUAUGAGGAAAGAAAGCAGGCACUCAGAUCAGAGAGAAGAUCAGUGGGGAGGAAGGUUGAGGUGGUGACACAGGCUCCCUUUAGCCUUGACCAUGCCCCACGUAUUACCAUCAGGAUGCGAUCUCAUCGUGUACCCUAUGAGUCCAGCACUAGUUUUACCUUGAAUGUACAGGCCAAACCAGAGCCUGAGAUCAGGUGGUUCCACAAUGGAAAAGAGAUUAAUCAGAGUUGCAAAUACCACAUGACCAACAUCAGUGGGGUUCUGACUCUCCAGAUCACCAACUGUGUGACUGAAGAUUCUGGGACUUACCGUGUGGUGUGCAGAAACGCCAAAGGAGAAACUUCGGACUAUGCUACAUUGGAUAUAGCAGGAGCAGAAUAUGCUGCCUUCUCAUCAUUCCGCAAAGAUGAGGAGCCUCCAUCCUCCCAUUUGCCAGAGAUGACCAAAACAGAAGUGUAUCAUGUCUCCUCCUCUGAAACAACAAUGAAGGAAACUGUGACUAAAACUGUGAAAGAGUCAACCAUUGUUGUUGAGAGGCCAAGGGAGGAGCCUUGUGUUCCUGCCAAGAUCCUGAACAAGCCACAGUCCCUGACUGUAGAGCAGGGAGAUGUGGCCAGAUUUGAAUGUGAUGUGGAUGGUGACCCAGCACCUUCUGUCACCUGGCUGCAUGAAGGAGCAGUUGUUGGCCCCUCUGCCCGUCACCAUGUCAUCUCUACUCAGCAAAACUCCCAGUUUGAGAUCUCUGCUGUUGAGAUGUCAGAUGAAGGCAGCUACACUGUGCUCGUAGAAAACGCUGGAGGCAAACAAGAGGCCCAUUUCACUCUGACCAUCCACAAGUCUGAGUCCAAGGAGAAAGUAGUCGCCCCUGCGAGAGUGACCUCUCCAGAAGCCAAGUCCCCACUUGCCAAGUCCCCUGAGCCAGUCAGAUCUCCUCAGAGAAUCAAAUCACCUGAGCCAGUCAAGUCACCUCAGAGAGUCAAGUCUCCAGUCUCACCCAAAUCCCCAACGCCGAAAUCACCAACACCAAAGUCACCUACUCCCAAAUCCCCAACUCCAUCUGAGAAGGAAUGGCAGAGUUCUCCAAUCAAGUCACCAAAAAGAGUAAUGUCACCAACUCUUGAAAAGAAACCAUCCUUCUCUGUUGGGCUUAGUGACAUCAACACAGCCUCAGACUCUGUUGUCAGGCUUUCAGUGAAGGUGACAGGAGAGCCAAAACCUGCAAUCUCCUGGAUGAAGGAUGGAAAGACUCUCUCUCAAGGUGGGAAGUAUGAAAUUUUUGAGGAGUAUGGCUCAGCUCAUCUUGAGAUCUAUGAACUGGAUGUCUCGGAUAGCGGCAUGUACAAGUGCACAGCUACCAAUAGUGCUGGAGCAGUGUCGACAGCCUGCACAGUCUGUGUGCAAGGCUCCAAAAGCUCCAUAACAGAAGCUGAAAUCUCUGAGGAAGUCAUGAAAAAGGAAAUUGUCCAUGCUGGGGUCCUGUCAUCUGUGCAGGAGGUCAAGUCCUCCCACAGCCAGAUGUCCAUUGCAGAGGGCCUGUCUCUAACUCUAAGAGCCAACAUCCCCAGGGCCUCUAGCAUCAGGUGGAUCCUGAACGGGGUUGAACUUGCCAACUCGGAGCAGUACAGAUAUGGUGUGUCUGGAAACAACCAGACCCUGACCAUCAGAUCAGUCUGUCAGCGUGACCAAGGGAUCAUCACAUGUCAGGCUCAAACAGAGCAAGGCCUUGUUCGAUGUCACUUUGAUACCGUGGUCACAGCCAAGCGCUCAGAUGCACCCCACUUCCUGGUGCAGCCCAAAUCCCAGAAUGUGAAUGAGGGACAAAAUGUCAAAUUCACAUGUGAAAUUGCAGGAGAGCCUUUCCCUGAAGUGGAGUGGUUGAAAGACAACACAAUAAUGUCUGUCACAAAAAACAUUAGACUGAGCCGCUCUAAGAAUGUGUUCACUCUGGAAAUAUGUGAAGCCACAGCUGCAGACAGUGGGAAAUACACGAUUAAAGCCAAAAAUCAGUUUGGACAGUGCUCUGCUACAUCUUCCCUCAACGUUCUCAGCGCUCCACCAAAGAUUGAAGCUCUUCCACAGAAUGUCAGCGUUGAGCCGGGACAGUCCCUGACUGUGGCGGGGGUGAUCUCCGGAGACCCUGCACCCUCUGUUCAGUGGGUCCGCUCAGGUCGGACCCUUCCCAAUGGGGAUGAGAGGUAUCAUGUGGAGAACACCGCCGACCUUUCCACUCUCCUGAUCUCUGCAGUGAAGGAGAGUGAUGCUGGAGCAUACACCCUCCGGCUGUCUAACGAGCUCGGUUCUGACUCUGCAACUGUCAACAUUCACAUUCGGUCCAUGUAAAGAAAAAAAGUUAGUUAAUUUAUAUCCCCCUUUUCCCACACACAGAACCUUUUUAUUUAGUGAAUUAGCAGCAAUAAUACUUGAUAAAGAUCUGGAUUUCUGUUCUUGUAAAUAUGAACUAUUUUUGUACCAAACUUGACAUUAAUUUAUGCCAAACUAGACUGAAGUCUAAAGUUGUUAUAAAAUGUGCCAUAUUGGACAAUUAUGACUUUUGGAUUUUUAAACCACUUUUCUGUGACAUGUACAUAAUGUAUAUAGCCGAAUUUAACGGUUAUGGGAAAUGUAUGCAUUGUUAUUUAUGACAGUAACAUUAUCUGAAACAAAAGAACAAAUGCUUUAACAGGAGAAAGUUUCACCAGGAACGAAUACCCUGUCAAACUGAGAAACUAAACUCUGUGCCUCAACGAUAAGUUGAAGUCCUUAAGAUUGCCUCAACAGGUAGAGAGGCUCCCUGUUGACGUUAUGAACCAUAAACAGAAAGGCAAGUUAUUGUUUUGGACACGCAUCUGUGCGUGUGAUUUUACAGGUUCCUAUGAGUUGUACCAUGAGCAUAAGACCCUGAGUGCUGUUUGCAUCACCCUCAUGUAAGCAGUAUGAACCGGCCUUGUGCACAGACUGACUGCGUCAUACCACCGUGAUUUGAUGACCUGCUCAGAGAGUGCGAGCGGCCUGCACUCUCAGCGUUUAGAUCCAUUUAGUAAAGAGCGCCGUUUCUGGCACAGGAUGACUGUACUGGUUUCCUGAACGUAACUUCUGCUGGCCAUCACUGAACAGGAAGUCAAUCCCGGAUCAGCUGUGCAGAAGCGGCGCCGUCUCUUGGAGGAUAGUUAGCUGAUUUGUUUGUGUGUUUGAGUGUGAGUGUUUGUAGCUUUUAGUCAUUUCACCUUGUCAGUUGUCAGGGGCUUCUUCUUUCACCACAGUGACUCCAACUCCUGUGAGAGAAGGAAAAGCAGACAUGUUGCCCUGCACUUUGAGUUCAUUGAUCUGUUGAUGUAGAACUGUAUUUCAUCCUCCAUGAGUUUUAUUGAUUACUGAUUUAAUAAAGCAUGAUUUCAGCACUACA